GUCAGUUUCCACAAGAAUUUGGAAAAAUUUUAAAACGCAUUAGUGGUAUUCCCCGCCACCAUCGCCUCGACUCCGUCCGACGAAGUCCAUUCGCUCCGUGUGCCCGGAGUCUCGUCCUUCCACUCAUGUUCACUUCAGUAUCGAACGGUCUCGCGACUCGCGACAACGCAAACUCUAUACGGAUUAAAACCGAAUUUCCCAACCACCGAUGACAGAUGCGUGGAACAACAAACCGCCACCAUGAGUGCAUCCGACAAAGAGGAGCCCAAGCGGCCUCCGGACAGUCCGACCACCCCGCCCGGCCAGCGGCUCCGGGAGCGCGUUAGUUUCUUCGAAAAAGUGUGGUCCGGGGGCAAGUCCGGCGUCGUCGAGACGGUGAGCAGCGUCGACGUCGAGGAGUUCGAGCGGCGGCUGGCCGAGGAGCGGCUCCGGAACGCGGAGCGCGGCCGCCUGGAGCCGGUGGCGCUCCGGCACACCCCCAGACAUGUGGUGCACACCCACGAAGUGCGCCCGGACGGCAGCAUCCAGGAGACCGUCACGACCACCACCGAGGAGGGGGACUUGGGCUCCGGCGUGAAGACCGUCAAGUUCGAAAAAGUUACCGUCCGAAAGUCGGUCCGGACCGUCAGCAGCAGGACGCCCUCCGAGGAGCUGCUGCUGGAGGACUCGGCCUACUUGACCCAAUCGAACGGGAAUUUGGCGACGAGCUCGAAAACUUCGAGCAUUUCGAGUCUGACGGGGCGUUUUCCCUCCGAGGAGAGUCUGAGGAGGACGCCCUCCAGAGAGCGACUCAAUCGAGACGAAUGGGACAAUGCCAGCAAUAGUAGCAAAGUGACUAGUUCUAGUUCGGAAUGGUACAGCGAGUACAGGACUCAGAGUUUUCAAAGUGGUUCCAGUAAACUGGAGUACGUCCGCAGCAAGAGUCAGUACGACGAGCAUAUCGCUAGUAUUAGAGACGAACAAGAACGGGUCCAGAAGAAAACAUUCGUCAAUUGGAUCAACUCUUAUCUAUCCAAGCGAGUUCCACCGCUUCGGGUAGACGAUCUGAUUGACGAUCUGAAAGACGGAACGAAAUUGCUCGCAUUGCUCGAAGUCCUUUCGGGAGAGAAACUGCCUGUGGAGAGAGGCAGAAUCCUACGAAGACCCCACUUCCUGAGCAACGCCAAUACGGCCCUGGAAUUUCUCACCAGGAAGCGCAUCAAAUUGGUCAACAUCAACGCCAGCGACUUGGUGGACGGGAGACCGCCAGUCGUCCUCGGCCUCAUCUGGACCAUCAUUUUGUACUUCCAGCUUCGCAAGGAGUGGGCAUUUAGAUGGAUUGAAGAAAACACCCGAGCUUUGCAAUACUUGGCCCACUGGGACAGCUCCAGCAGUCUCGAAAGUGCCGGAACGUCUUCUUCCAAAGAUAAAUGGAAGUUGGGAGCGCGUAAAACUCUCCUCCAAUGGGUCUCUAACGCACUUCCCACCGAUUCGGGGAUUGAAAUCAAAGACUUUGGCUCUAGUUGGCGCGACGGCAUCGCCUUCCUUGCUAUCAUAGACGCAAUUAAGAAGAAUCUGGUUAACAUAGCCGAACUGAAGAAGGCUUCAAACAGGACUAGACUUGAGACAGCUUUCGAUGUUGCUGAAAACGAGCUAGGAAUCACGAGAUUGCUGGACCCUGAAGACGUGGACGUGCCGAAACCUGACGAGAGAUCGAUCAUGACGUACGUGGCGCAGUUCUUGCACAAAUACCCCGAGCCCAAGAGCACAGGGCCCGACGCCAUAGCGGCAAUUCAGGAGGAGUACAGCCAGCUGCUGUCCUGGCUGAUGAAGAAGACCCAGUACUUGGAACACUUGCAACAGACCAAUUCGUUACCUAACGACUACUCCGAAUACCAGGCGUUUAAAAGCGAAGUGGACGCCAAGGAGAAAGUUUUCCUGAAGCUGAAACGUCUGAUCGAGAGCCAGAGUUUGAUUUCAAUAACGAAAGAAUCCUGGUACGAUAUUACGAAACUAUGGGACAAGCUUCAAAACCAGUUGUUGUACUGGUUGUGGAUGUUGGAUUCGCUCCUGCCGGGCGAUUUGAAAUUCGUAGGUGAAUGGCUAGCAAAAGCCGAAAAACUACUUUACUGCGACGAAAUCCCGACGAUUAUGAACGAAGAGACUGCAUCUAUUAUUAGUAGGAAGUUAGAGGAACAUAAAGCCUUCUUUGCCGACUUGCCUACGGUACAAGAAAAAUUCGCACAGGCUUGCAAAGCUCCUCUAAGUGAAGUGCCUUCAGAACAGUUACAAAAUAUGGCUGUUAGACUGAACGAAGUUGGACCUAAAGCUGCUCAAAGACGAGUCAGACUCAAGUUCCUCGAACAUAAGUGUUGCCUUAUUGCAUUCUUGCAACUCACAGAGACCAAACUGAAAGCCUGGAGUGGUAAAUACGGCCGGCUGGAAAAAGUCGUCCAAAUUCUAGAACAGUAUAGGAAUUUUGUUUCGAAGAAUCAUAUUUUUCAAGAGUUUAAUAAAGCGUUUAUUGACAUGCAAGCCGUUGUUGAGGAGUACAAGCGAGACGGAGGCAUUGACAAGCGUGAGAUGGCCGACAUUGAUCGCUUUUUGAGAGACACCGCCGACAGGUGGAAAAACGUCUCAAUGGAGCUCCGCUGCGUCCAAAGCAUGAUCGAAGAAGUCGUCGCCUACUGGCGCCGUUGGGACUCCCUCUCUGGGGAGUUCGACGAGUGGCUCAACAAAGCCGAAAAGGCGAUCAAUUUACCCGAAGAGGAGAAAAUGGAGUUUUUCCAAGAUAUCAGCGUCUGGAGGGACAAUUACCAGCUGUUGGGCGACACCGUCAGUUUCCUUAUCGCCACAUGUGAGGACAAAAUCGCAGUGGAGUUGAAGAUUCGUUACCAGAACAUGACUGAUCGCUGGGAGAAACUUUACCCACAAGUCAACAAGUACAGCCAUGCCGGUGAUUUGCUUCGCAAUCGCAAGGAUUUCCGUGCUGGAGUUGACAUUCUCUCAGAGUGGUUGCGGAAAGCUGAAACUGUUUUAAAUUCGCCUCAACUGGGUUCGACCGAACGCAUCAAGAAACACAUAGAGAAUUUGAUGAAACUUCAAGGAGAAGUGGAAGAAAUCGAGAACCUGUUCAAAAACGUCAGUAAAACUUUCCAGACUUUGAUCCAAGAUUUGACCAGAGAAGAGGUCGAUAAAAUGAUGCUGAUCCUCAAGCACGAGAAGGAAAGUCUGGUCAAAGUCCGGGCCUUGCUUCCGGCCCAGAUUCACAUGUACAACCAGCUCCUGGUCCAGCAGGAGUCACUCGAAGCCGGCCAGAAGGAAAUCAGCAACUGGUUAGACAACGCCGAAAGCUUGCUCAGCAGCCUAAGCCUUGAAGCUGAGAAAGACACCCUCAAAGACCAAUUAGAUAAACUAAAACAAUUCUUCACCCGAACCCUGUACUACAAAUCAAUGUUAGAUAGCAAAAACAAAGUUCUGGCAAACAUUGUCAAGUCCGUGGACCAAACCGACAACGUAGACGUUGCCCAAAUGAGCGCAAAGAUGGAACAACUGAACGACCGCUUCGUCUACGUCACCCAAAACGCCCAACUCUGGGAACAAAGACUCCAAGAAGCCAUCCGGUGUUGGUUCAACUUCUCCGAGUGCGAGCGCGUCAUCUCCAACUGGCUCAACAACGCCGAGAAGCUAAUCGGGGAGAAACGAAUCGACAACAAGGAAACCGUCGAGGAGCACAAAAACUUCUUCCAAAGCGUCAACGAACGCUGGAUCCACGACCUGGUGCAAAGCGCGCAAGACCUCUGCAACUGUCUUCCGAAAGAGCAGCACAAACCGAUCCUGGCAUCAGUGCACCAACUCCAAAACAAGUGGAGGGAAAUCCUCUCGUUUGCGCCGCUUCACCUGAUGCGGCUCGAGUUCAGGUUGGACGAAUCGGCCUUCAAUUACUACGUCAAAGAGAUCGAGAAGGAGAUCACAACCGAAUAUAUCGCCUUCAGCAAGCAGGAAAAUAUUGAGUCGAUUUUGAGCCGAAACAAGGAGUUUUUCGGGGCGCAAGGACCACUGGCUGAAACCUCCAGAUGUCUGGAAAAUUUGAGGAAAAUCGCAGCGACGUAUACGCAACACCAUCCCGGUGAUAAAUCGAUUGUUGAGUCUUUCGCGAAAGCGGAGGAACAGUGGCAGGGUCUCAAUACGAAAGUUGAGACUUUGAGGCAACAGUUGGACCAAAUACCGCAGAAGUGGGAGCAUUACAACACGAGGUUUGAUGUGAUGGUCAAGUGGAUGGAUGAGGUUGAUAAUACACUGAGGAAUAUUUUCAAUGAUGUUAAUACUAUGGAGGAGUUCGAGCGGGAAAAAGCCAUCUUCCAGUUGAAAAGGCUCAUGAAUAUUUGCAAAGAAGCCGACUCUAAGCGCGAAGACAUGAAAUGGUUAGUCCAAACUUUGGACUCACUCGCGUCUCAUUGUCCCGAAAGCCAGGCACUAACCGAGCAAAAGAAACUCGAAGCUUUAAUAACGCGCUACAAAAAUCUUAUACCAUCUCUUGAAGUCACUAUGGUCAAAACCGAAACUCUCUCGAAAUGCUACACUUACCGAAGAGACGUUAAGGAAGUUUGCAGUUUACUGAAACGUGUUCGCGACCAAUCGCAACGUGAGGCCCAGCCUCAAAGCCUCGACUCAGUCAAUGAGCUUAUCAAACACCAAGAAAUUGCAAUUUCACAACUGGACCAACAGAGACCACAUAUCAUGUCAAUGCUACAAAAGGGCAAAGAGUUGGUUAAGGACACAAACGCCCCUCCUUUCGUCCAGGAGGAAGUUAAAGUGCUUGAAAGUGGUUGGACCGAAACGUACGAUGAGACAGUUGAAAGGUACCACAAGUUGCUCGGGACCCAACACUUGUGGUUCAAUUACUCGGAACAGAAACAGGAGAUUUUGGAUCUCUUACACAGAGCUGAGCAAGAGUUGAAGAGGAUUUCCCCGAGUCAGUACAACUCGAGUAAUCUCCCGGCCGAACUGUUGGCCAAGCAAGAAAUGGCAGUGCGUUUAAGAGAAGCCACGGAAGAAAUGUUACGUCGUUUGAGGGAUUUAUCGCGAAAUCUGGGCGUAACCGAUCAAAAGAUCGAGAAAGAAGUGACGGAAAUCGAGCAACGACUCAACACCACCCUGGAAAACGUGCAGGAAAAAGUCGUUUUCUUGGAACAAUACAACACAAAAUGGUCCAACUUCCAGAACAAGCUUGGAGAGUUGCAAAACUGGUCGGUACAAAGCGCCCCCCAGUUGUUAUCAGCUGUCCAAGAAGAUAACCUUCCGCCGGAAGAACGCGUCACUAAAACAACCCUCCUCCAGUCGGAACUUUGCCACAAGAUCAACCUCCUGGACCAGCUGAACGCCGAGGCUUCGACCUUGAUGAUCGGCGACAACCCCGACGUGAAGCAACUCCAAGCCCAAGUAAGCGAGUUGCAAGAACGCGUCGUUACCAUUAACCGAAACGUCGAAAGUCAAGCCGCUUCAAUCACCAAGGACUUGAAAAACUGGCAGGUGUACCAGGCCAGCAUCCAGGACAUCAAGCCCUGGAUCGAAAAGUCCGAGCACCGCAUCCAGGUGGGCGCCCCCAAGCCGGCAAGCCUAGAGGAAGCGCUAAUCCUCCAAAGGGAGAACAAGGAUUUUGCCAAAGAGUGUGACUCACAAUUUGGCAAAAUCCAAAACGUUGCAGGUUUGAGCCAACAAAUCACGUCGAAAACCAACGCACCGGACGAAAUCGACUCGAUCCACAGUCGCUGGACCAUAAUCAACGAAACCACACACCAGUGGGGCCAAAAACUCGAAAAGUUGGUCCACACGUGGGAGGAUUUCGACAAAAAUGCCAAAAACCUCGAGAACUGGAUCGAGAAAAGUGGGAGAGUUUUGAGCGAGCGAUCGGUAAAUCUCAACACCCCACAUGUGGACAAACUGGAGAAGGAGCUAGCGAAGCUGAAGGCGUUCAAUAACGAGGUUUCGGAACAGCAGGCCAAAGUGAUAGCUUUGACGCAAAGCGCAGACUCGAUCAGUCACCAUGUGAACCCCGAAGGGGCCACUUUAGUGAAGGGCAAAGUGCAGGAGCUGAAAGCCCAAGUGGGGCAACUGGCCGAAGCUGUCCGAGCGAAAAUAAAUCAAGUUUCAGACGCGAUUUUAACCAAACAUGACUUCCAAACGAAAAUGGUUGAUUUCUCCAAUUGGGUCGAUCAGUUGAAGAGUCACGUGGGACAAAUUGAUCAAAUCCCGGCCGAUAAAGUCGAAACCGCGCUUAUCAACGUCCAUGACUUGAUGCAGCAACAUUCGGAAAAACAACCGGUCUUUAACACCAUUUACAACGAAAUCAAGGAAAUAACCUUAAAAGCGUCACCAGACGAGGCACAGAGUCUCAACCAGGAGUACACCGCUUUGGUAGAAAGUUACCAAGAAGUUGACGAUAAGUUGAAAAAUAAGAAACUCGCUUUGGAAAAGUGGGGCGAUUUGAUCAACUGGCACGGCGAAACCAUCAACCAAUUGUCGCACAUUAAGUACCAAAUAGACAGCGGAAAGGUCCCACCGGACAAUCUCCAAAAACUUCUGCAAGAAACCGAGGGUAUUAUUUCCAAGAUAACAACUUGGAAGCAAACAGCUCCGGAAAUUGACAACAUGGAUGUGAUUAUCUUGGACCGGCAAACCGGUUUGCCCAGAAGCGCCGACCAAUUGGUCCGGGAAGUCGAAGUCCGGGCUAUUAACAUUAAACAACAGUUGGCCGAUAAGUUAGAUAACGUACAGAAAGUUAAGGCACAUUGGAGACAGUUUGAGGAGCUUCUAAAUCGUGUCAAGGACAGUCUUGGGCAAACUGAAGCCCAACUUGGCGAUAUUCUCAAAAGUGUCAAGACUUCACACGAUUUACCCCAAGCUGUGGACCAGUUGAACCAACUACUCGAGGCACAGAUUGAAAAAUCGCCAAUUAAGGAAGAGCUGCGCAAGGAAGCCCUCCAGUUGAUGAAAGAGGACAUUCAGAACGUAUCAUUGAUUCAAAACGCGAUUUCCGAGGUGGAAACCAGCUGGAAUCGCGUCAACGAAGACAUCAAAGAACAGAAAUUGAAAUUAUCCGACACCAUUUUCGCCUGGACUGACUUCAAAGAAGCCAAAGACCGCGUAAUUAAAGACAUUGAGCGAAUCGAGCAAACCGUUGAAGGCCUCGAAGUACCAAAUGACUUAAUCCAAGCCAACAUGAAUAGCGAAAAAGCUCGCAAGGCCCUCGAUUCGUUGAAAAAGAUCAAAACAAACCUCGACAGAGUCGACCUCAAAGGCCAGGCCAUUGUCAAAAAAGCCGAUCUACUUCCGGGGACGGAAUCCGAAGUCCGGAGCGAAGUCCAAGAAGUCCACCAGGUGUGGUCACGCGUUUACGAGAAGUUAAUGAAAAUUGCCCAAACGACCGAAUCUCAAGCAACCAUUUGGAAACAUAUCGAAGACACGAAGAAUAGUCUGCUCCAGUGGUUGGGUGAACAGAACAUGAUCCUGGCUCUAGCUGUGGAAAAACCGAACGAAGUCGAGGCUGCUAAAGCCAAACUUGCCAGAUAUCGAGAGGAGUUGCCAGCGCAGCAGAGACUGAGUCAAAGUGUUCCCACUAAAUAUGCCCAACUUGUGAAGCUUACCGACGGUAGAGAUAUUCCAACUCUUCAGUCCUUGAUGCAGUUGUUGGAAGAUCAGUUUAGGGAUGUGGAAGCAAACGCCCAGAAGCUAGAACUGGUUGCUUCCAAAUACGGGGAUAAGGAAAGUCAGAUUAGGGAAAGUAUUAAGAGUGUUGGAGCAAAAGUUACUAACUUGAGAGAAGGGAUCAUUAAAUGUGAAGAUUUAUCAGGCGAUAAUGCCAAGAUUUUGGACCGACUUUUAACUGUGCGGCAACUAAAGAGCCAGGUUAUGGCUUCUGAGGCCGAUAUUAAGAAAAUCGAUGGGGAAAUUCAACAAAUGAAAGCGAGUUAUCCAAGCUUCAGCGAAAGUAAUCUACCGAAGGAGCAGCAGUUGUUGAGAAAAAGAUUUGAGAGUGUUAUUGUCCAUGGAAGUAAAAUUGAAAACAGUCUUUUGACUUUCUUGAAGAAGUUCCAUAACGAGAAGUACGGAGCGUUGCAAAGAAUAAUAGCGACACACAAGGAGAAGAUUCAGUGGUGUCUCCCCGAACCUGCAAGUGAUAAAUACAACUUAGAAGUGAAAUUGAAGUCUUUGGUACCGAUCCAGAACGCUUUGGAAGAUUGCGAAGCACGGAGAAAGGAACUGGAGGAGUCUUUGUCGUUAUUAGAGAAAGUGGAGUCUCCUGAAACUAUAAAACUGCUUACAGCCGAGAAGGAUCACUUAUUUUUGGACCUGGAUGAUCUUAAAGAGAGCUACAACAAGACCAAAGCUUUGCUCGAAAGAAACAUCAUUUUGCACGAACAGUAUGAAAAACUGAGUGAUUCAAUCUCGAACUGGUUGAAAGAAAUCGAAAAUAGGGUCAAAACCGAGAGUACGACCCAAACUGACUUGAACACAGUCGAUGCCAAAAUCGCCGAAAUUGAAAAAUUGAAAUCCGAAGUGGUUGGGUAUGAAAGUGAAAUUGGAAAAUUGGUACCACUGAGUGAGCAAUUGGUUAAAGAAGUGCCCGAAUCGCGCGUCGGACAAUACGCUCAACAUUUAACAACUCGAUAUCAAACCGUGGCCAAAUUUUUGACCAGUUAUCUCGACAAAUUGAAUGAGUUAAACCGCUACAAGGAUCUAUACAGGAAGAGUAUCAAAGACGUUGAAAAUUGGUUAGUCCAAGCCGAAGAGAAAGUCAAAACGUUUUCAGAUUUUACAACACGUCCGAACCAAGCCACGCUCCAAGAACUGAAAAGUUUUGCUAACGAAAAAGAACUGGGGCAAGUGCUACUUGCCAAAGCUGUGGAACACGGAGAGGCACUUUUCUCCGGGAUUACCCCAGAAAACAGAGACGCCAUUCGGGCCGAACUGAGGAAUUUGCGAGACAAGUCGGAGGGACUGAUCGAUAAAGUCAACAAUAUUUACAAGCAAGUUGAGGGCAUUUUGAUACAGAGACACUCGUUCGAUGAUAAUCUCCAGCAAGUGAGGAUCUGGAUCGAAGAUGCGGAAACUAAAUUAGGACCUGAAAUGAAACUGGAUGCCACUUUAGCCGAAAAGAAGCAAACUUUGCACAAUUACAAGACUCUGGCUCAGGAUGUCAAUCUUCAUAAAACUAUUUUGAAGCAACUGCAGGAAAAAAUCGGCCAAUUGGCAGACGCCGAUGCUGAGAACAGUCUAGAGGAGAAUUUGGACAAGUACAACCGACUUGCUGAAGAAGUCGACAGUAGGAUUGGACUGGUUGAAGAUUUUGUGGCCAAUCAUGAAGCUUACAACCAAGCUAUUGAGAAAUGCCACGAUUGGUUGAGUGCGUUGACGUCCGAAGCUGCUCUUUUAGUCGACGAGUCUUCGACUGAACCUCCUGAAGCUAAACUGGCAAUGGUUGAGAAUCUACUAGCCCAGAAACCUGAAGGUGAUAAGAUAAUCGACUCGUGCAAGCAACAAUUGGAAGUUGUUUUGAAACAAACUUCAAGCCCUGGUCAUCCCCACCUAAUUCAUUGUUUCGAAGAACAGGAAAAGUCGUGGAAACACUUCCUAGACUUGUGUUCCGACGCUCAAGAGAAGUUGCAAAGUAUUCAUUCCAAAUAUGCCGAAGUCGAAAAGUUGAUACAAAAUCUAGACAGUUGGUUGAAACAAAAAGAAGGACAGGCGAAAGAUCAGAGUUUGAAGAGCACGGAGGAGACGAAAAGAGGUCACUUGGAUAAGUUGUUAAGUUUGGAGAAGGAGGUUUUAGGAAGGGAGAAAGAUUUUGGUGAGGUGGCCGAACUGGCCAAGAAUCUGGAAGGUGAUGUCAAGGUUUCCCAACUGUUGACUCGCUACCAAGCGUUGAAAAACCUCCUCAAGGAAGCAAUUAAUAGAUACAGAGGUUUCGUUAACGAACAUCAAAAUUUCAAUGAAGAAUAUGCAACUUUCCUUUAUUGGUUGACAGAAAAAGGGGAGGAACUAUCGGACUUGAGCCACAUUGUCGGUGAUUUGGAUGUACUACAGACUCGGCAAAAAGACAUCAAGGAUUUGAUUGAAGCCAGGAAUUUGAAAAGCGAACAGUUUGAGAAUUUGAUAGAGAAUGGGGAAAAAUUAUACGCACAUACUUCACCCGACGGUAGGGAAAUAAUCAGACAGCAAUUACGAAACUUGAGAACAAUUUGGGACAGUUUCAGCGAUGAUUUACAAAAUGCCACCAAUAAAUUAGAUCAAUGUUUGGUCCAAUUCUCUGAUUUCUCCUCAACACAGGAACAGUUGACCAAAUGGUUAAAAGAUGUUGAAAAGGCAAUGCAACAACACACCGAAUUGAAAACAACGCUUCAGGAAAAAAGGGCACAAUUGCAGAAUCACAAAAUUAUGCAUCAGGAAAUUAUGUCCCAUCAACAGCUGGUCGAGUCGGUUUGUGACAAGGCACAACAACUGGUCGACCAAACCCAAGAUAGGUCUUUAAAUGUUUACCUCCAAUCGAUUAAGCAGCUAUUUUUGAGCAUCGUAAGCAAAUCUGAGGAGUUACUAACUAAUUUGGAGGAUUGUGUUGAGAAACAUAGUCAGUACAAUCAGCAAGUUGCCGCUUUCAAAGACUGGUUGAGUGAACAAGCGGAAAAAUUGCAAGAAUAUAAUGUAGUCAAUGGAGAAAAAUCUGAACUUGCGAAGAGAAUAUCAUCUGUUAAAAAUCUCAAAGAACGUAACGAGACUGAAGGCUCGAAACUCCUGGAAAGUCUCAAACAAAACUUUAUCGUCGUUGCUAAAAGCACAGCUCCGAAAGGAGUGGAACUGUUGAAGAAAGAAUUGGAGGAGCUUUAUGGCAUGUUGAAUCAACAUUUGGAGGAUAUGGACACGAUUGUAGAAAAACAAGAAAACGCAAUCAAGCAAUGGCAACAGUUUGAAACCGAGUUGGAAACACUUAACCAAUGGUUUAAAAACGCCGAAGUCAAAUUUAGGGACCAGUCACUACGUGCAACUCUCCAAGAGAAAGAGAACCAACUUAAAACAUAUCUAACCGACCGGGAACAAGUCGCUGCAAAGGAAAAAGAAAUUGAUCAUUUUGUCGACAAGAGCCACUCCCUUCUCCACAUGAGUGGCGUUCAAAGAAUUAAACCCUUAGUCUCCCAAAUAAGCACUCGCUAUCAAAAUCUGCACGCGUCCACGAAAGAUGUGAUCAAUCGUUGGCAAAGCGUAGUCGACGACCACCAGAAAUACCAGAAGAAAUUGGAAGAAACCUCAAACUGGCUGAAGCACCUCGAAGAUAACUUAGCAGUGCUACAAAACGGUGAAUUAGCAACGAAUUUGGAAGCUAUCACAAAUCGACUGCAAGUGUUGUUGGGUGAAAAGGACCAAGGCGAGCACAAAAUCAACUCGUUGACUCUUCUGGGCGAAAGGAUAUUACCAGAUACGGCAACCCAAGGCCGGGAGAUAAUUCGGAACGAGUUGAGAGAGAUUCGGGAGAGGUGGGAUCGACUUGCUGAAGGAAUCAAAGAACAACAAAAACUACAAGAUGCUCAAAGUUUGCAACUGUCCAGUUAUCAGGAUAUGUUGCAGCAGACUUUGGCAUGGUUGGACACCAUGGAAAAGCAGAUUCAAGUCGACCCAUCCACUUGGGUGUCCAUCCAAGAAGUGAGGUCCAAACUGCUCAAGCAUCGCACAAUCCACCAGGAGAUUGUGUCGCAUAAGAGGAUUAUAGAUGGUGUUACAGAGAAAGCUCAGACUCUUGUACAGUUGACGAACAAUAAAGACAAAACUGCCGAAGUUGAAGAGAGUAUAAACUCGAUCAACGAACGGUAUAAAAAGUUACUACAAGCCGUGCAAAAUAAUCUGAAACAACUCGAGAAUUGUUUGGAGGUUUACCAACAAUUCUACGACUUGCAGAAAGCGCACCAAGACAACCAGAAACAACUCUGGGACAAAUUGAACAGUUACUCGGAUUUGAGUGGCAAUAAGCAGGCUUUGCAAGAACGGCUGGAUAAUGUUAUCGAUAUCCAGGAACAUCUACCCGAGAGUAGUAUCAAACUGAAGGAAUUACAAGACCAUGUAGAUUCAAAAAUAUCGGUUUUGCCUGGAAGAGCGCAGGAAAAUAUGCACCGAGAUGUUGCCAACUUGAAAUUUGAUCAAGAAAAAUUCGUGGCUGCUUUGGUCGACAUUAGGUCCGGUUUGGAAGGUCGUUUGAAACUCUGGAGUGACUACGAGGAGUCUCUGGAACGCCUUUUGUCAUGGCUGGCUGAUGCCGAGCUAGCUUUGAAGAACUACACCCUCAAGAACACGCUGGAAGAGAAACAAGAACAGUUGGAAAAAUACCAGGAUCUAACUAGGUUGGUCGAGUCUCGAGGGAGGGACGUGAAGGAUUUCGUCGUCAUUACUGAUCAUUUAGAACAAGCACUUAUCCUGAAUCUCAGACAAAACGAAACCGAAUUCCACAAAAUGUCCGACGAUUCCACCGAACUGCUCCAGAGCAGUGGCGACAGUCGGAUUUCGGUCAACGUCCAACAAAUCUCUUCACGUUUCCAAUCAGUCCAAGCCACAGCAAAGGAAGUCGUCAAAAAAUGCGAACAAAACGUCGCCGACCACAAGCUCUACAACGACAAGUACCGCCAGUGCUCCGACUGGAUCGCCGUAGCUCAAGGCCACUUCGACACAUGCAAGGAAAACAUCAAGAAAGGAGCGCGGAACGUCCUCACCGAACAAUACAAAAUCCUCGAAGAGUUGCUUUCGCAACAGACCAGUGCUACACUCCUCCUCAACAACACCAUCGAACUCGGAGAGAAACUCUACCUCAGUACCGGGUCCGAGGGCCGCGAAGUCAUCAGUACCCAACUCCAGGAGUUGCAACAAGCCUUCGAGACGUUGUUUGAUGGAAUUAACAACACCGAUCGCGAGUUGAAAGCGAAACUUACAAGGUGGACCGGGUUCGAGGAAUGCGCCAAAAACAUACGCACGUGGCUUAAGGAAGCCGAUUUGGGGCAAGAACUCGAACUUAAAGCUACUCUCGAUGAGAAACGAGCACAGCUCCAAGUUUAUCGUACUUUGUUGCAUGACGCUUUGGCGCAUCAACAGGACGUUGUCGAUUUGAGGGACAAAGUUGAGAGUCUUCCCGAACGGAAUGACAGUAUCGACCAACAAUUGGCCACGAUUAUAGAACAGCAUGAUAAGUUGUUAAAACGAGCGCAGAAUUUUGUAGAACGGUACGAAAGCAUCGUUAGUGACCAUCAGGAGUUUAGCAAAGUGGUCACAGACACGAAGGAGUGGAUGGCAGCCACGCUAAACACUGUUAAUACUUUGGGUGACUUGGAUUUGGAACGAAUUUCACUACAUUCGAACCUUGAAAGGUUGAAGAGUUUGAAGAAUAGUCUACCGGAAGAAGAAAACAGGAUUGAAAAAAUCAAAAGUUUGGGAAGUAGAGUCAUUCCUGGAACCAUUGACUAUGGACAAACUGCAAUAAGAACACAAAUUGAUAAUUCCCAAGAGGAGUGGGCUGGUUUGGUCUCGGCUAUAGACCAGACCAUAAGCCAACUGGAGAGUAAACUCGAACAUUGGUCCGAAUAUGAAACUCUCAAAGACCAAUGCUUGGCCUGGAUCAGGGAAGUCGACAACAAAUUACACUCUAUAGACUUGAAAGCGACAGCAGCGCAAAAGAAAGCUCAGUUAGAAGCCUUGAAAACCCUCCAGGGUGAGAUUAGAGCAAAGGAACUCGAGAUUGAUGCAGUGACUGAAAAGGCACAACAAGUAAACAAAGGUCUAUGCGGCCGAAAUUCGCAAAUAUCCGAAUUGGGGGUCAAGUACCAACAAGUUUCCCACAAAGUUAAGGAAUUGACAAGUCGGUGGCAACAAUAUGUUAACAGCCACCAAGAUUUCGACUCGAAAAUCAGCUCGUGUGAGCAAUGGUUGGGUGAUAUCAAUGAUAAACUAACCUACUGCUCCGAUAUUGGCUCUUCUAACCAGAAAGAAUUAGAAGCAAAAUUAGAAACAGUACAAGAGUUGCUUCUUUCGAAGGAAGAAGGUUUUGCCAAGAUACAAAAUUUGGUAGAACUUGCCCAAACCGUUCUGGCUAACACUUCCCCCAAUGGUCACAAUGCAAUCAAUGAAUCUCUUGCAAAUAUCCAAGAACUUUGGUCCAAUCUCGCUUCCAGGAUGAUCGAAACUAAGGCUCUAAUAGACGAUGCUUUGACCAAAUGGGCCGGUCUUCUUGAACAAAUCCGUGAUUUCGAUAAGACAGUCGAAUGGAUGGAGGGCCAACUAAAGGAACUGUCAACACUCCAAGCAACAGCAGCUGAGAAGAAAACUCAAUUGGAUCAAAUCAAAAACGUGGAGGAAAAAGUCCGAUGUGAGAAAAUCGAAAUUGACAAUCUCAAAGCAAUGGCCUCCCAAGUGUUCAGGAGCAAGAAAGCGGCACAAGUGGACGCCCAAAAAGUGUUUGACCGGUUCGAUGAGUGUGCCAAAAAAAUCACCAAACUGUUACAAGACCGCGAAAAUCAGUAUCGCGACCACAAAACGUACAAAGAAUCCUACGAUGAAGUGCAAAGGUGGAUGACCCGAGCUCAGGAGAAGGUGCCUCAGUUGAAGCAAAGACCACUUGGUGAGAAGCUCACUAUUGAGAAUUUCUCCGGGCCUUUGGACCACUUGUUGAACAAGCAGGCCCAAGGAGAGGUUCUUUUGGAAAAUCUGGAACAUGCAGCUCAAGUUGUUUUGCCCAACACCAACCCUCAAGGCCAGGAACUGAUCAAGAAAGAUAUCAAAGCCUUGAGGGAAAGUUUCGAACGACUAUUUAAAGACUUGCAACAGCAACGUGACCAAUUGGAAGUUGUUCUACAGUACUGGAGGGAUUAUAAAGAUGACUACGAGCGUAUUUCCGAUUGGUUGCAACAGAUUGCAAUUUUGAUCAAGAACCAAAAAAUCGCACUUUUUGCCACGCUGCCUGAAAAAGUCAAACAAGUGAGUGACGUGAAAGACAUACUUAAAAAACUGGACGAUGGGAAGGUUCAAAUUGAUCAAUUGAAUGAUUCUGCGAAAAUUUUGCUCAAAUCGCCGCUGGAGAUACAUGUUAAUAACCAGUUGCAACAGUUGAAUUCCCGAUAUCAAGUCGAGCUUAACUUGGCUAAAGACGUUUUGAAGAAAGUCGAGACGAAUCGUGACCAACAUCAAGAAUAUUCCGACAAUUUGGAGAAGAGCCGAAAAUGGAUCGAUGAGGCACGCGAGUUGAUCAGAAAUUGCUCAGAAGCUGCCUCACACAGCAGCAAAGACGUACUACAGUCACACUUGAACAAAAUCCAAGAGCUCAUCCAAAGACGCGAAGAAGGACAAAACCUGAUUCAUGCCACUGUUAACUGUGGCGAGAAAGUCCUACGAAGUACUCGGUCCGACGGUCGCGAGGCUAUUAACAACGAACUUAAGGAAAUUCAAGGCGAUUGGGACAGAAUCGUUAAAAAAAUGUCCACAGUUAAGGUGCAUCUUGAAACGGCUUUGUUACAAUGGGCUGAUUAUGACAGCUCUUACAGUCAGCUGCAGCAAUGGAUAACCGAUCGUGAAGCCAAACUCCAGCAAGUGUCCGAACAAAAAGUUGUCAAAACGAAAAAGACUCAAACCGGACUCAGCUCUUUACCAAUCGGUGAAAGAAAAGCGACUCUUCGGGAGACUGGAAGCAUAGUCCAGGACAUCGUUUCGUUCGAACCCAUGAUCCAGUCAGUGACUUCCAAAGCCGAGGAUUUGAAACAAGCGGCCCCAGCUUCGGAAAUUUCAACCAAAUACGAAACCUUGUCAAAACACGCGAAAGAACUUUACGAAAAACAGAAGGAAACCGUGGAACAACACCAAGCUUUCGUCGACGCUGACAAUGACUUCGUCCAAUGGAUUCGUCUGGCUAAGGAACGACUGAGCAAAUGUUCGGAGCCAACCGGAGAUAAAGAAAGUCUCGGAAGCAAGUUAUCACAAUUGAAGGCUUUGCAGAACGAGUUACCUGAAGGCGAGAAGAAACUAGAAACGGCCUUGGAACAAGGCGAUAAAGCUUGUCAGUACGCCGAUGAGGAAGAUCGCGAGAUAAUCGAAGAGGAAGUUGGGCUGUUACAAGAGGAGUUUGAUAAUUAUGUCGACUCGCUUAACAGCACAAAAAAUCUGUUGGAGAUUGGGAUCGUCAAGUGGACGGAGUACGAAGAACAGUACCAGGAAGCCCUCGAUUGGUUGGCCCAGACUGAGAACUUGGUCCAGUCGUAUAAUAGGCUCCAGGACAGUUUGGAGGAAAAACGAGCUGUUUUGGAGCAGUUCCAGCUGCAACUCCAGACUCUCUUUGACUGGCAAUCCGAACUUGAUCGCCUCAACAUGAAGGCGCAAGUUUUGUUGGAAACUUGCGCCGAUACCAGGAUUAGCAAUGCAGUGACGCAACUUUCGACCAAAUACAACGCAAUUUUGUCGCUUGCGAAGGAAGUUAUGCGCCGGUUGGAGUUACACUACCAAGAGCACCAACAGCACAGUACGCUCUAUCAAGAGUGUCAAGACUGGAUUGAUCGCACCAGAGACAAACUCCACACAUGCCAGGAAGUCCCAAAUACGCUCCCGGAAGUUAACAGUAAACUCCAAGCAGUCAAGAACAUUCGAACCUCCUUGGAGCAAGGCCAGAACAAACUGCGGUACAUUUCCGAGCUGAAGGAGCGCGUCAUCAUGAACACGGAACAAUCAGGCGCCGCCAAAAUCCAAGAAGACACUGAAAACUUGAAGCAAGACAUGGAGAAAUUACUGAACGAAGUCCAAGAAGCCCGCAAUCGGCUGACAAACCGGGCCAGCCAACUCGAAGAGAUCGCCAAACUGCACAUGCUGCUACUGGACUGGCUGCAAGAUAUCGAGCACCAAGUCCAGUCAGACGACGAGUUUUUGAACGAUUUGAGCGAGAAGAAGGCCAAGUUGGAGAAGUUUAAAGCCGUGCAGAAGGAAAUCAAGACGCACACCGACUUAAUCGAGAAACUCAAGGCCAAAUUGGCCGAGGAUUCGAGUCUGAAAGCCGACGAGUACGAGAACUCGUUCAAGAAAUACGAAGCUUUGAAGCAGUCAGUGGCCAAGUCGAUCGCCGAUUUGGAGAAACAAGUCGGCGAUCACGAACAGUACAAAAACUCCUACAACGUUGCAAUGGAACUGAUUCGAAAAUCAUGCGUGGAGGCCCAAACUUGUUCCGACCUGCACGAUGAACUGGACAAAAUCUUGGAAAAAGAGGCCAAGAUUAGCGAAAUUGCAAGCUCGCUACCCGAGUGUGACAAUCUGGUCCACAAGACAAUCGAGUUGAGUAUUCUAGUGAUGAAAACGACCGGCGAGGAAGGCAAAGACACGAUCAAGCAAGAAAUCGAACAACUCAACAUGGACUGGGAAGGCCUUCACUUGAUUUGCAACGAAACGCAAAAGUCCAUCACGAGGUGCAAAGACGCCUGGAAGGAGUUCAAGACCAACUUCGACAAAAUGAAGAAGUGUAUCGACAACUUCCAGAAACGUGUCGAUGGGGAAAACGAGAAGGAGAAGAAAACUCCCGAAGAUCUGGACAGGUGUAAGCAACUCCUUGCGGAGAUUGUUGCAGAGAAGCCCAACCUUGAGAUUUUGACCGACUCUUGUGAGGCUUUGAUGGAGUUGAGUGCAGUCGGUUGGGUGCGGGACAAAACCGUCCAGUUGCAGACCGCCUACACGAAUUUGCUCACCAACUGUCAGACUCUUGUUUCCAAAAUCGAAAAGAACUUAUCCGACCACACUGAGUUUCUCAAAGUUAAGAAGGAACUGGAGACUUGGUUACAUUCAGCUCAUAAAAGUGUGCAAGACUGUAUUGGGGUUGGCGAUGAGGACACUAUCAGGGAAAAGUUGGAAACAAUCAGAGUGAUUUCGGCCAAAACUCCCGAAGGACAAGUCUUACUGACGAAGCUUCAGGACGCCUUUUCCAAGGCGAUUAACACAACACCGGCCGAUAAGCAAGACGGUCUCCGUGAGGACAUGACAAGUUUGAGGAACAGUUGGGACCAACUCAAUAUGGACUUGACCUCGAUUCAGGCACAACUGAAGGCCGCUUUGGCUCGCUGGGACGACUAUAACGAGACAAAGAGGCGUUUGCAGGAUUGGUUAUCCCAAACCGAGCGCAUUUUGAAAGAGAAACCACACACCAAAGGCGAACUGAGCGAAAUGAAGACACUCCUAGAACGCUACAAGAACCUACAAGUUGAAAUUAAGAACAAACAAGGCGAUCUUAACCGCCUCAAGGACGAAGCUGUUGAAUUGAGCUCUUGGGCCAAGCAACCAAAAGUUUUGGAAGAAGUUAAACAGUUACAAACUCUUUAUGACAAUCUGAGCACGUUGUGUGACGCCCAGAAGGAGAGGAUUGAAGCCGAAAUGUUGGAAUACAACAACUACCACCAAAGCCUCCAAGAGACUGAAAAAUGGUUGCUUCAGAUAAGCUUCCAGUUGAUGGCCCACAACUCCUUGUACAUUACCAAUAGGGAACAAACCGAAGAACAGCUAACACAACAUGAAAUUUUACUGAAGGAGAUCCAGAAUUACCAAAAGACCUUGGACGAUGUUAAGGGUAAAGGGCACGGGCAGAUCGAGCGGUAUGUUAAGGAAGCACCGGCCAUUAAGGACACCAUUGAAAAACAGUUGAGUAACGUCCAGGACAGUUACAAUUCGUUGUUACAAACCGCCGUCCAGAUUAAAAACCGUUUGGUUGAUUCCUUGGCCAAAUUCAAAGAAUACGAGGACACUUUGGAGAGUAUCAUGAAGAAUUUGGACGAGUAUGAACCCAUCGUUACCGAAGAGGUCGAAAAAGAGGCUGAGACACUUGAGGAAGCUUUGAGUCAAUUGGAAACAGCCAAGUCGUUACAUAACAAACUCCAAAAUGAAAAAUCUCGUCUCGCGCUUGCCGUCCAAGCCUGCGAGGCCGCCACGGCCUCCAUCAGCCGCCCCAGCAGCCCCCGGGACACGCUGCCGCCCCCAGUUCCCAUCAAAGAACUCGAAUGUCGCGCCCGGCUCGAGGACCUUAUCGAUCAGACGCACCAGGAGUCGGCAUCAGCACUGCAAAUGCUUGUGGAUGAACUUAACGUGCGUGGUUUUACUAAAAAAUUGCAUGACCAAAUCGAUAAGGUGCAGUCUCAUCUCAGCAACUUGACAACUUCAGUUGCUGAGUUUGAAGAAAAGGAAAAGCAUAGAGACGCUCUGAAAGAUUGGAUAAUUAACCAGAAGAACAUUGUGGUGGAAUGGAAGAAUAGGCCAACAAAGCUACGAGCCGAUGCCGCCAAGCAAGAGUUGAGCAACAUGAACGACUUAAUGGCGGCGAUUGACCAGAGAAGAACCCAACUAGUGACGGAGUUUGCAAGUCCCAAAAAUGCCCACUUGGAACAAAUGUUGGACGACUUAGAGAACGAAUUAUCGGCAGCUAUCGCGUCCAAAACCGCCAAUCAAGAAAUCCUGGAUGAAUACCGACAAAACGUCCAAGUUAUCAACAACUGGUUUGACAACUUGGUCAAGAGAAUCGACGCGAUUGACCGCGGCUCCGGUCUCAACUGCCAACAAAAACAAGUCGCUAUUGAGGAGCUCAAAGCCGAGUUCGAGGACCAAGGGCCCAAACGAAUGAACGAAGUGAAAAGAUUUGCAAGCCAGGUCCUGGAAUUUGUCAAUAAUCUCGACGCCCAACAAGUCGAAGAGCAAAUGAAAUCGAUCGAGCGCAGGAACAAUGAUAUUGGCAAGCGGCUACAGAGGAAACUCCAAAUCCUGGACAUGACGCGUAAAGGGAUCGAAGACACACGUAACGAGAUCGAACAAGCCAGAGACUGGGUCAAAGCGCGCCUCAUUGAGCUGCAAAAACCGCCACUGCUCGGUUUUGAGAGCCGCAAGGCUGAGGACAGGCUCAACUCGCUCAAGGGGUUGCUCAAGGAGGCCGACAAUAAGCUGGUCUUGAAGGAAACUCUGAUGAAACGCGUUAGUAACAUGACCAACGAGUUGGAACCACCGGAACGGGAACAACUCGAAACGGCUUUGAAAAAUCUGGGACUUGAGCAGGAACAACUAGUUGAGAGGAUAAAAUCAGCGAUUGAGCGAGUAAAUGGCGCCGCUAACACUCGGCGCACCUUGGAGAGCAAUCUCGAAAAGGCGAGAGCGUGGCUAAAGGCCAAAAACGCCGACGUUCACAAACUGAGUGGAUACCUACCCUUGAAAUCGCGCCAAGUUGAGGAGGAAAUCGCCCAGCACCGAAUCUACGAAAGUGAGAUUAAAACGUUCAGUGACGGCGACCUCAACGACUUACUCAAACUGGGCAACAGCGUCUUGAAAGAGUGCGACGAAAGCGACCGCGAACGCCUCCAAACCCUUCUAGACGAAGUCAAGGACGAACACGAGACACUCAAAUCCGACUCUUUACAAAAAAUCAACGCCUUGAGUGACCUUCUCCAAGGCCGCAAACAAUUCGAGAGCGACAUUGAUAAGUGCAUUGACUGGCUAAAACAAGCCGAAGUGGCCACAGCUUCGGACAUCCGCGCCCCUAACAUCGAGGUCCUUGAGGAACAACUCGCCAAGUACGAAACUUUGGGCAACGAAGCCAAGCGAGUCCAGACCGACAUUGACAAGAUUUUCGAACAGGCGAAAGCCAUCGUUCCCACAAUCAGCGAAUCCGACAAAAUCUACUUGAACGAGGUGCUGAACAACAUGCGGGAUCGCCACAACCGCAUUUCCGCCCUCAUCCAGGACAGGACUAACGCCCUGAAGGCCAACAUCCAACAGUUGAGGGAAGCCCAGUCCAGGAUCGCCGAAAGCGUCCAGUUCGUCAACGAGAUCCAAAACCAACUCAAGGAGUUGAACAAACCGAUCGGUAGUAAAGUUGAAGACGUCCAGAACGUUCUGUCGAGCUAUGAGCGGAUUUUGGGCGACCUUAAGGCCAACAAGGCCCGGCUUGGCGACGUCCCAGCGUCACACUCGAGCGAGUUACAGUCGGUGUUGGCCACUCAGGACGAUCUGAUCAAGUCGAUCGAAGACCAGAUCGCCCGCUUGCGCCAACUGUUGCUCCUCCGGGAACAAUUCAUCGCCCUCAUCACCGAAAUCAUGACUUUUAUAACGAAAUACACGGAAAUUGUCCGCGAUAUCGAGCGUUCCGGCGGCACCAUCGAGGACAAGAUCAAGAAAUAUGACGAUGUCAUUGUCAAAAUCCAGGAGUGUGAAGCCAUGCUUGCGUCCGCCGCUGACAAAGGCCAGCAAAUCGCCGCCGAUUGUUCGGUGCAGGACAGGAACAGCAUAACCGAACAAAUCCAAUCACUGAAACAAUCUUUGCAAAACCUGCGACGCGCUGUUGAAAAACAGAGGCAAGAGCACGAAAACACGGCUGCGGAGCACCGGAAACUGGCCGCUGAACUUGAGAGCAUCCUGGAUUGGCUCCAUGCGAACGAAGGGGCCGUUCGUUCCCGCCCACUGCUCAGUCGAGACGUGCAAAGUGUGGACCAAGAACUGGAAAAUCACGAGCGGCUGGCGCGAAACGUCGGCGAAUAUUUGGACAAAAUCCGCAAGAUCCAGGAAGCGACAAGACACGAUGACAGCAUGCCGGGCUCGCUUUUGGAGCAGCUCUCCGAAGGCAACUCGCUCCUGGCCAGUUUGCCGCGCGAGUUGGACGAGCGGGAGAAGUACCUCACGAGUAACAAACAGCUGCGGGAGGAGUACGCGAGGUUGAAGCAGCGGCUGAAUGAGUGGGUCAAGGAGGCGGAAAUUCGGCUCGCGAGUCACAAGGAUGGCGUCGAUUUUGAGAAUAUUUUGACCGAUUUGGAGGAGCAUAAGAUUUUCUUUAGUACGGAGGGGAAUAUGAAGGAGUUGGUGUCGGUGAAUUUGCAACAGGUGGCCGAUAAGAUAUGGCCGAGUUUGACGCCGUACGAGCAGGAGGAGUUGAGUCGGGAGCAGCAGUACAAUACGCAGUUGCUGAAGAAUACGCUGAACUCGGCCAAGUCGCAAAAGGCGCAGUUGGAGCAGGAUGCCGAGAUUUGGAAGGAUUAUUGCCAGACGUUGGAUAAGGUCAAGGCGGUGAUUGCGAGGACCAAGUUUACGGACGAGCCGGUGACGACGUUGGCGGGGUUGCAUUUUAAUAUUCAGAAGAUAUCGCAUGCUUUGAAUGAUAUACAGAACCAACAACUGGAACUAGACCUGCUCCUCGAACGCUCCAACGAAAUAAUAAAACACGCAGACGACCGGAACAAACUCAAAACGCAAGAACAAACAAGCCAGGUGUCCGACGAGUGGACUUCCUUAGUCUCAAAUCUGGAAAAUAGAAGAGGCACUUUGACCAAAUUGGCGCAAGUCUGGGAGACCUUCGAGGGCCGGUGGCAACACUUCGAGAGUCUCCUCUCCGGCGUCGAGGAAAGGGCCAAACAUGUGGACAACGUCGUCAGAAGCAAGGAGCAUGUGAUCGCGACGAAUAACAGCAUUUUGGAACUGCAAUCGGAAGCAGAGUCCUUGAAAAAAUUCCGAGACGAGGUGUUUGAAUUGUCCGAAAACGUGCUUCUUUUCCUGAAGGAGUGCUCCCAGACCAGUGCUACAGCCCUUAACGAAAAACUCAAACAGCUGAGAGAGACUUACCAAAGGCUUCUGGACAGUUUGGACGCGAAGUUGCAGAAGACCGAAGACGACCUUAGGGAAAUCGUCGAAGCUCUCGAUUGCGUCGCCAGAGAGAAGACCGAAUUGAACAAAGUCAAGCUUGAAGUGGAGAACUUUUACGUCUUUGACGCCAAUCUUGACCGAACCGAAGGACAAUUGAAACAACUGCGGAGCAAAGUAGCUUCGUGUACCGGACGUGCCAAAGAAUUGUCUUCACGACUCAAAGACAAGUAUUUGAAGAGUCAACAGUUGGUCCCAUCGGACGUUGCGCAAGAAUUGAACCAAUUGGAACUCUUGACUGAAGCUCUUGCAAGUGCCAUGGAAGAGAAGGAUCGGGAAUUCAAGAAGGCCAAGACUGUGCGGUCCGAUUAUCUCAACGACGUUGAAGAAGUGCAAAGUUGGAUCAAAGACGCCGAGUUGAAAGUGCAAGAUCGAUCGAUUGAACCCCAACUGUUGCAACAACACCUCCAAACGAUACAAGCCGAAAUUGGGGGAAUCACAGACCGGUUGGAGAAACUCAUCAAGAACGGGAAACUCAUCGUUGAAAAAACGAAAGACGACGAUGAGAAACAACUGAUCCAAUCGACUAUCAACAACUUGAGUGAUCAGCUGCAACAGGUGCGAUCGUGGCUCGAAGAGAAACGCCAACAAGUCGGGGAAACUCUCGACGCUUGGCAGCGCUUCUUGUCUUUGUAUCAGACGGUGAUGACGUGGGUGCAAGAAAAGCGAGUGUUUUUGAAAGAACCUCUCUAUAUAACGACACUGACUGAAGCGCGCCAAAAGCUCCACGACUAUUCUAACGCCGUUAAGAGUUGCAAAACGGCAAGUAAAAAUCUGAGUGAAAUGGCGAAGGAAUUGGAACACAUCGGGAGCGUGACCAGUGUUGGGGACCUCCCGACCAAGAUGGAGGAAGCCGAAGAGGCCAAAACCGAAGUCGAAGCUUCGAUUUUAGAACGCAACGCUUUGCUCCAAGAAACGUCCGAAGAGUGGGAACAGUGCGAGAAGAAGAUGAAGGACGUCCGCGGUUGGAUCGAAAAAACCACAACCACUCUGGACUCUCAACAGAACAAGAAGAAGCCACUACGCGACCAGCACGCACUUUGCGAGAAAAUGCUAGCCGACAUACAAAUCCAGAAGACUAAGAUUUCGCUUUCUGUUGAGAAGCUUCAGCUUCAUUUCCGGUCCGGCGUCGGUGGCGACACCCGUGUGACCCAAUCCGCCCAGGAGCUCCUCAAGGAAUUGGACGAUUUGAACGGGAACAUUAAAGAGCAGAGUUCGAGACUCGAAACUGCGAUCGCUCAAGUCGAGCAAUACCAGCUGGAGGUGCAACAACUCCGGCAGCAGAUCGUCCAGGUGGAGCAGCAGUUGCGGGCGGCUAUGGCCCCCACCCACCUGCCCCACGAUCGAGAUCAAGCCGUUCGAGACCAACAGGCGCGGAAUGAGGCCUACCGGCAAAGGAUCGAUGAUCUCACCGGCAAGAUCCGACUCGUGGAUCCCUAUUACGUCCAACCCACAUCCCUACUCGGGGUUACGUACGCGGACGUUACCGCCGGACGGUCCAUAUCGCAAGAACGCACGUCCGAAACACGCGAACUGGAGACGACCGAAACGAAAGCCGUUGACACUUAUAACGAACCGGUUAUAACCGAAACGAAAGCGAAAACGCCGGCUGUAACCGAACCGAAAGCGCCGAGAAGGAGCCGAUCACCAAAGAGGCGCGACAACAAACCCAAACCGGAACCCAAACUGCAGCAAGUCACAGAAACACCCUUCGUUCGACCAAUCGAAGAAAACGUGUUUCCAAAACCACAGCAAACGAGACCUAAACCGGAACCUAAAGUGCACCAAGUCACAGAAACACCCAUCGUUCAACCACAACAAACGAAACCCAAACCGGAACGGGUCAAAGAAACACCCAUUGUUCAACCAGUCGAAGAAAAGGUGUUUUUAAAACCACAGCAGACGAGACCAAGGGGCCGAUCACCGAGCCCCAUGUGGGAGCCCGGAUCAACUACCUAUGCCGAAAUUUUACGGGGACAAUACAAUCAAUCCGAAGUUAUGCAACCACCGGAGGAAAAGAAACCACUGCCAAAACCAGAACCGGAACCGGAACCAAUCGCAGUUCCCCCGGUUCAACCACAAUACAAUUUUGUCCCUCAACAGAACUGGUCUCACUACCAAUACCAAGUGCCUGCGAACCCAACUUACUACCCUCCCCAGCAAGGCAUUUUCGAUUACAUGCAGCCCAUCCCAGACAUGGUCAGUUUCAUGGCUCCAGGGCAACAAUUGAUGGGUUCCGGUUUGGGUACUUACUUGUACCAAGAGCAGUACAACCCGACUUACCAACCUACUGUGAUCACGCCGCAGUACGAUGAUUAUCAGGCUCCUCAGGCUCCGGUGCCUGUCGAGAAUCCCGUUCCGGAAGAAACGGAGCCGGAACAAGUGACAGAUUCCGGGAGCCAGUUCUCGUACGCUCAAAUUUUGUCGCAAGGCCUCGCUUCGAAGCCUCUCCAGCCAUCCAGUCUACCGGCAACGACGAAUCGGCCAAAGUCUCCGCUGCAUGGACGCGAGUCCAAGCAAAUGGACGAAACGAGGCCGAUUACAAAGGAUAAAAAGACACAGAAACGAUACGGACGCAUCGAAACUAAAGAAGUUGCAUCAGAUGGUCAUCGUGGAGAGCUCGUCCAAAUGACGAGUGAUGACAAUGCUGAUGAAUCUCCUAACGUACAAGACUUGAAAUCGUUUAGCGAUGUAGAUGUUGAUGUUCCCCAAAAUACAGAUAAGCGAAAAGACAACGAACACAAAAAGGACAAGUCGCAUGUGAAACACAUUACUGUUGUUAAGACAGUUACAGAGAGUGUCGUCGAUGAUUCCAAACCCAAACAGAAAAUUAUCGAAGAGACUAAAGUUAAAACUGUCACGAAGCAGAAAAAUGUUGAAGAAGUGCCGAAGAAGAAAAAAGCUCACAAAAAAUCCGACACUGUGAUUGAAAUGACUGACGAGUUUGACGUGCCAACGAAACCAAAGAAAACGAAGUCAACACAAAAGGCUACUCUUGAAGCACCACUUUCUAGUGAUAAUGCACAAAAUGAGAUUGUUAGUCAAGAAACGAAAAAAUCGAAGAAGAAGUCAAAGAAAACUAAACCAGAAACUGUUGAAUUACCAAGUGUAGAGAAAGUCGAAGAAAUUUCGAUGACUACGGAAGAGCCUCACGUUUGUAAUAUAGAGGAAGAAGUUACAAGCGAAUCAAAGAACUCGAAGAAAGGACAAGAGCCAGAAAUAGUCGAAGUCACCACAACUAAAUCUAAAAAGAAGUCAAAGAAAUCUAAACCGAAAGACGUUGAAACUGCUUCACUGGAAGCCGAUAAAGUAGAAAAACUUCUGAUUUCUGAAACUGUCACAGAAGUUACAGAAAGCGUUUCAGAAAAACUAAUUACAAGUGAAAAGGAAGACAACCAAGAGCCCAUUUCUAAACCGAAAAGAAAAUCAAAGAAAUCAAAAUCGAAGGAAACACCGCCGGAAGAGAAAAAUCUUAGCGAGAUGUUUAUUGAUGCCGAAAAAUCUGCUGAAGUUCUGGUUGAACCGAAAGUCGAAGAGCAAGGAGAAACAAUUGUUAAGACUAAGAAGAAAGCAAAGAAGUCUAAAUCCAAAGAUGGUGAAAAGGGGGAAGUUUCUCUGUUACCUGAACCAACAGCUCAACCAACAGAAAACGUUUCGGAAACUUUCGUUGUUGAGGAAAAAAUUGAAGAAGCACCUAAGGAAGCGGUGACCAAAAUAACAUUGCCGCCUGAAACAACCGACAAAGCAGAGGUUGCUCACCCUGAAACACUAGUCAAGAAGGGUAAAAAGAAGUCCAAAAAGCCCAAAGAAGAAGCGCUACCAACGACUCAGCCUCCAGAAACAUUUUUCGAAGAGAAAAGUGACAAACAAGUCGAUGUUAUCAAUGCCCCCAGACUUGAAGAAAUUGUACAAGUGCAAAUGGCUAAGCCGUCACCUGAAACUGUCGUUGAAACAUUUAUCACAAAUGAAAGGACAGUUUUAGCUGAAACACGAACCCAGAACGAUCUUGAAAUUAUUAAAGCUGAGGAGACUGCCGUCAAAAACAAGGAGAGAAAAUCUAAGAAAAAGAAGGGGAAGAAGGAAGAAACGGACGACUCUAAUGACGUGAAAAAAUCAAAGAUCACGGCCACUAUUACCACUGUUACAAGUAUGACUAAAACACCUCUUGUCACUGAAACUGUUAGUCUGUCAAAACCGGCGGUUUCUCCGAGAGAAGUUACAAGUACGGCGACUGACGAGAAUAAGGAAAACAUUGAAACGACUGAAGAAAUUAUAGAAGAAAGUUCCCAAGCGACUGAGUCACAGACUUCUGCUCCACAAACUCAAAAAAUUGUGCUAAUAACACACGAAGAAGUGCGUAUGAAACCAGUAGUGUCUCUAAAAAUGGAAUUUACGGAAACUCCGAUUCAUACAACUCAUUUUAUUGAAGAAACGGUGGCUGAGACAUCCGAAACAGAUGAAGAAAAAUUAAAACUUAAAGAAAUUCAAAGUAGCUCAACUGAUGACGAGAAACUUAGCCAAAAGUUGGCGGAAGUUGCAACUGAAGAGCAAUCAAAAUCCGAUUCUGCAGUUGAUCUAUUGUCUGAAACAUGUGUUACUGAAACUGAAUUUUCUGAAGCACUGGAUAUUUCAGAAAUUAAAGACAUUACUCUUGAAACAACUGUGGAUGAAGGUAUUGAAACUUUCGAUGCCUCUAUGACUGUUGUAACAAACGCCACUGAAACAGUGCCUACGGAGAAAAUUUUGACUGAAGCUGCCCCUAUUGAAACAACAACUUCAGCAACUGAAAUAUUACCCGCUGAAGUCACAUCGACUGAAAUGCCAAAUGAUGAAUUAGAAAUCGAACAAGUUAUUUUCGGAUCUGUCCAAGAACGUCCUAGUCAAAAAGCCGCCAGAAAGAAGAAGGAAAAGAUGCAGUUUGAGCGUGGACCACUCACUACCGAAGAAUUGGAAGCUUACAAACAUUUUGAAGAUAAACUGAAAAAGAAGAAAAAGAGACAAGGAAUUCCUUUGGAAUUUUUAUUAGAGUCUCAGCAAACACCUGAAGUUGCUGACGGUAUCAAGUCACCUCCUGACGUACCAACGUCAUUGACACGACUCGAAUCUGUCGAUUUUGAAGUUAGUAAUAUCGAAGACGUCAUGAAUGUUUUGUCGGGCAAAGGAGAUGUGAAAAUUCCAAGUGAAGUACAAAGUGAUAGUUGCAAAAAGGAAUCUUGGCCCGUUGAUAAACCGCAGGAGAAAGUUGGUACUGGUAUGGAAGAAAAACCGGUUUAUAAAGGUUUGCCCUUGGAUGAAAGCACCGACAUCAUCGACAUAUUAGACGAACCAAUUGUUCUUUCAGAUAGUGAAACAGACGCAGUUAAAGAGAAACAUAAGAAAAAAAAGAAGAAAUCUAAAUCUGUGAAAGUUGAAGAACCACCCUUUUUGGAAAGCAAAGACGUUGUGAUUCAAGGCAAUGUGGAGGAUAAAUCGUCAACGUCGUGGGCAAAUGUUGUAGGCACCAAAACAGUGGAACCAAAAAUUGAAGAUAAACCUAGUGAAACUGUUACAAUUACUGAAAAAAGUGAACCGGUUGUUAAAGAAAUUAUUGACGCCGAUGUCGAUUCUGAGAAAAAAUCAAAAAAGAAGAAACAUAAGAAGAAGCAAGUUGAAAGCAAAGAACCAUUCGUCGAACCUCCUGAAGAAUCUCAACCUAUUAUAGAGGAUAAACCUGAAGAAAAGAUAGUGACAGAAGUAGAGAAGGCUCAAACAGAGGAGUCUGAGAAACCCCCUGCUGACGAUGUGCCAAAAUCUAAAAAGAAGAAGAAUAAAAAACAUAAACAAAAACAAGAUGAUUUUGAUAAGGUUGAAGAGACUGACUUAGAGAAGAAAGAUGAAGAGAAUAAAAUUGAACUUCCUGAACCUGUUAUUCAAGAAAUUGAGAGUGUUGAGCACAAAUCAGAAGAGAAAGAUGAGCCUCAACCUAUUGUUGAAGAACCUUCUGAACCAAAAAAAGAUAAAAAGAAAAAACGCAAGGAAAAAGUAUCGAUCAAGGAACCAGAAGUGCCUGAAGAAAAUAAGGCUAAACGGAAGACCAGUAAAAAAGAAAAAUCUGUGUCGUUUGAGGAAACGCCGCAAAUUAUCAGUUUCCAAGAGGAAAUACCAGUUGAUGAAACUUUGGCUGUGGCUUCUGAAAUUGUUAAGUUGGAUAAUAGCUCGGAAAUUGUCACAACAGACGAGCUUAUUUUUGUGCCAAAUCGUGUAGCUGAUGAGCUUAUUGAUAUUAUACCAUCAGAAAAGUUGAUUGAAGAGGAGAAGAAGGCGGCAGAACUAUCAAAUGUUGAAGAACCAAUAGAAAUUAAAAAGGAAUGCAAAGGGCUACCGGUUGAUAAAACCACAGAUCUUUGGCUAGAUAGUACAAUUACGUUGAAUGAUGAAGUGAAGGAAUCUACCGAAGAAACAUCAAAGUCAUCAUCCCAGACAGAAGAAAAACCGCUUGAAUCAGCGAAGAUUACGGAAGAACCGGUAACGGUGUCAGUAAAACCUGCUUAUAAGGGAUUACCAUUAGAUAAAAGCAGUGAACUUUGGAUUGAUAUCCUAGAUGAACCAAUGGUGCUUUCCGAUGAAGAAAAAACGUCUCCUUCUCCCACAAAUGUGCCAACUGAACACUUUGAAGAAAAGGAUAAGUCAGCACAUCAAGAAACUUUAGAUUUUAUCGAACAAGAAAAAGCGACUGUUACAGAACAAAAACCUGAAGAAAAAGUGGCCUAUAAGGGCUUACCAGUUGACGCUACUACAGACCUAUGGAUUGACGUUUUGGAUGAACCAAUGCAGUUUUCAGAUGAUGAACCAGAAAAGGUUGAAGAGAAAUCUCAUGACUUAAAUGUGGAAUUCAUAGAAAGCGAAAAAUCUGUGAAAACUGGUGAAAUGCAGGACAGCAAGGACAUUAAAUUGCCAGAAGUACCAUCCGAUGAGAUACAAGUGCAAAAGCCUGCAGCUAUCAAAAUAUUGUCAGAUUUGCCGCCUGAGAAAACUUCCGAAAUAAUUCAUAAACUGGAAGAUGAAUUAAGUGAAACUGAUCGAACUACAAAAGAAAAAUCUGCAGUUUUGGAACCAGAUAUUAUUAGGGAGUCGUCUGAAACUCAGGAAUUUUCUCAAAAGGAACAAUCAGAAAAAAGCUUUUUGUGUGCAUUAAUGGAUGAGAAAAUUGCGCGAUAUGACAUUUGGGGUAUGAUGAGAGCAGAAACUGAAUAUUAUGAAAAUGCUCAAAAAACCGAACCCAAAGUUGAAGAAGUAGAAGAGGAAAAAGUUAAAGAAGUCAAAGAGAAAAAAGUCGAAGAAGUGAAAGAAGAAGAAACUAAGGACUUGAACAAGGAAAAAGUUCAAGAAAUGAAGGAAGAAAGUGCAAAAUCUCUUGAAUAUUUCCACAGCGAGUUUCAUAAUUACGACAUACUGAACUUACUAAACGCGGAAAUUGCAUGGUACGAAGAAAAAGCACAGGUUGUGGAAGAGGAAAAAAUAGAAGAGGUUCCGGUUGUGGAGAUACAAGAAGUUGUUGCCCCCGAGGUUUCUAAUGACAUACCUCCCUUGGUAGAACCAGUAGCAGUUCGAUCAGAACAAGUUACUGAUCUUGAUGAACCUGUCACAGAUCUUGAUGACCCGGCACUUGAUUUGCCAAAGAUUUCUAAUCAAAAAGUAGCAAAAGAUCUUAUAACUACAGACUUAGAUGACCCUACUGAAACAAAAGUUCCUGUUGAAUGCAAACUAAAAGGAGUUCCUGAAGUUUCCGAGGAGCCAACGACAGUUUCAGUAGAAGUGAAAUCAGAAGCUCAAGAAAAUAGUGAGCCACAAAUAGAAUAUAAGGAAAAGAAAGAAGAUAAAUCUAAAUCACCGACAACUCAAGAGAAAGAAACAGUUUCAGCAAAGCAGGUUGAACCUCCUUAUCAAAUUCCCGACGACAUACCGGAAGUUUCUCUCUUGUCACUAGCUGAAGCUGAAGAAUUAAUAAUACCGACUAGAGAAAGCAUGAGACCUUCACAGUUUGAAGCGAUUUUGGCGAAAGCAACCGAAUUUGUGCCAAAACUUGAACAGUCUCGUCUUAACCCGAAUGCUGCUGAAUUUAUACCAGGAGGUGAGCAAAGAACACAUUUUGUCGACGUAACGUCAGGAUAUAAAGAAGAAGAUCCUGAACUGGACGAGAGUUCGACGCAAAUGUGGCGUUACGGUGAAAGAAUUUACAACGAUAUCGUCGACAGUCAACACGACUCAGGAUUCUCAACUUCCGAACCACAGAGUAGUGUUUGGGCUGAAGAAGUCGCCCCUUCGCAAAAUAUUGAAAAUCUUUUGCCUAAAGAACUUGUCAGUGAAGUGAAUGAGCUUGACGAAGCUACAAAACCGAAGAAAUCUCCAAGAAAACGUAAAGGAAAAUCACCGAAACCUCUAGUGAAAGAAGAACAACCAGCGGUUGAAGAAGAACCAACACCUGCUGCUCCAGUCAACGUUUGGGAGAAUUUGAUGAAAAGUGAUAAGACAUACGCUGAAGUUGUUGCUACAAAGAUGACCUCAUCAGAAUCCGAGGACACUGAUGUUGGCAAAGAACCAACUCCUAUGAAAGUUAAAGAAAUGUCACCACGUCCACCAGUUGAGAUUAGAGUUAUAGAACCAAAAGAAGCUAAAGUGGACUACGAGACUGAUGAAGAUGGUUUUAAGGAGUUUAUACCUAAGCGGUCAAGAUCUCGCUCUCGUUCGAAACAAAGAGACGUUGAGGUGCAACCACAAGAAGAAAGCCCAGAGGAGAAGCAGUCUAAACGAAAAUCUAGAAGACGCCAUCGAUCGCCAAAGGAAGAGGUUCAAGAAACAGAAGUCAUGGAAACAGUUGUAGUAAGUGAAACGCCGGAAGAAGGGACAGCCGAUGAAGAGAAACCAGUUGAUGUAAGUAAGAAACCUAAAAAGAAGAAGAAGAAGUCGAAACUGGUUCAGGAGGAAGUACAUGAAGAAAAAGAACCGGAAAUUAAAUCCGAGGAACGCGAAGAUAAGACAGUUGAAACUGAAAUAGUUCAGGUUGAAAAAGAGCGAGAAAUAAAACAGGCUGUGCAAUCUGACGAAGUCAAGGAGGAGCAAGUUGAAGUUGAAAAGGUCUCUGAUAUUUCUGAUGAAAGUCUUCUUUUGAAAACUUAUGCUGAUGUUGUGACGGGACGUAGCCGCGAACCAUCUCCCUGUGUUUUCACAAGAGAAAGGUUACAAGAAAAGCCUAAAAUUGUGGAACUAAUCGAACAACCUAAAGAACAUAAACCUGAACCUAAAUCCGAAGAAAAGGUACAACUUUUUGACGCACCUGUAAAACCUGAGGAGGAAACAACUAAAAAAUCGAAGAGGAAAUCAAGGAAGAGAGAAAAGUCGCCCAAACUUACCGAAUCUUCUGAAAGUUUUGUAACAGUUUCAAUGGAACCUAGUGAAAUCAGUGUGCCAACCGUUGAAAGUCAUCAGAAAAGCUACGCUACUAUUGCUGCUUUACCACGGAGUCGAGAACCGUCUCCAGCCUCUGUAGUAUCGGAAACACCGAAGCAAAAACCGUUAGAAAUUCACAUUCAAGUGGUUGGAGAACCUGAACAUACACCAGAACCACCUGUUGUCGACGACGAAGGAUUUAUGAUGUUGUCGACGAAGAAAGAACGCCGGUCUAGGUCGAGGUCACGUUCAAGAUCUCGGCAAGAAGGACCGAAAAUUGAUAGUCAUGACUUUCUGGAAAAUGAACGACAACAUGAAGCAAAGAUGAAGAGUUGGGCUUCAAUUGUCAGUAAUGAUAAAGUUGAAUGUGAACAAGCGGAACCUUCAAUUGAAGAUGUUAAACUAGAAGAUGUCAAAAUUGAGACUAAACCUUCAAAGACUAAGAAGAAGAAAGAAGAAAAACCUGGACGUUUAGGAGGUUUGAUAUCGUCAGUGAAAAGUGUGUUUUCGGCAACGAAAAACAAAGUAGAAGACGAACCAGACAAGGUUGAAGAAGUUGUGGAACACAAAAAGAAAAAGAAGCACAAAAAAGGCAAAGGUAAAAGUGUUCCCGAAGAAAGCAAGCCAGAAGAACAAACCGAGGAAUUUACUAUUUUGGAUAAAGAAGAAACUAUAAAGUUAGACAGUCCGGUAGAAGAAUCUGAGGUGAAAGAUUCAAAAAUUGUUUCUGACGUUGAGCCUAAGAUGCAAGAAAGUGCGUUUGAAACAAUUGAAGUGUCGGAAGUUCAGGAACAAUUGGAAAUUGAAGAAGACAAAGGAAAAGUGGUAGAAGUGGCUGAAGAAAAAUGUAAUGAUAUUAUUGAAGUUUCAAUUAAAACUGAUGAAGAACCAGAUAUAAUCACCGAUGAUAUUGUUGUUGUUGACCCUGAACCAGAAUUUAUCAUUGUUGAAAAAGUUUCAAGUCCUGAAGCUACUCAAGACACAAAUGAAAUUGUUUUUGCUGAACCUGUACAAGAUAUAGAAGCAAAAACUACUGAAAUUAUUUGCGAAAGCACUUCCCAGCCAUUAGAUAAACAAGUUAUUACAGAAUUUAUCCAACGCGAGCAAACUUUUAGUAUCGAAGAACUAAAACAGCCUGAAGUACCUGUCGAAAAGCGCGGCAGUUUCCUCAACACUUUGAUAUCAAAAAUGACCAGUCCAAAAUCUGAAGAAAAGAAAAAGAAGAAAGAGAAGAAGGAAGAAACAGAACCUGACGAAAAGAGCAAGAAAAAACGAAAAGACAAGAAGAAAGAAAAAUCUGAAUCCAAGGACAAUAUGCCUGUUGAUAUUACAUCGCUUGAUAUUAAAACUGAUAUUGAACCAACCGACUCAACGUUUGAUAUUGCGGUGAAGGAAGUAGAAAGUGACAAAAAGGAAAAACUCAUGGAACUCACCCCCAGCGAAGAAAUAAAAAUGGUCCGCGAGGAAGAAGCAAAGAGUAAGAAAAAAGAUAAGAAACUAAAACAUCAAAAAUCGUCCGAUUCUGAAACCACCCCUGACAUCGAGAAGCAGAGCAUGUUUGGAACAAUUUGCGCGAAAAUAUCGGAAGUAUUUUCCCAUAAAAAAUCCGACGAUUUAAUUUUGACUCCGGAAGAAGUAUUAGCGGUGAAUUUAAACCUCGAUGGUCCUUUCUGGUUGGAAAAAUCCUUCUAUGACGAAGCUGAAGAAAAUUAUCAAUUAUCUUUAGCGAAGAAAGUCGCGCAAGCUGAAGAUAUCGUUAAGGAGAACCACGACGAAUCUCCGGACAAAGACGGCGAUUCUGACAGUUCUAGCGGCCGAGGGUCACCGCGGCCCCCGCAGCAGAACGGCAUAAACGGCGAUAUUCCUACCAGCGAAUACAUGAUGUACUCUUUACCGGGGGGUGUCGGUGGUUGGAAAGACCGUAGCACGUACCUAGCGCCCGAAACCGCGAAAAUUAAAACGGCCGAUGACCAUUUGCGCGCCGCGAAACACUUGUCCGAAAGUAUCGCGGAAGAUGUAAUCGCGGAAUCCUCCCACAAUCCUCCUCUAGGGCCCCCAGUGCAGCCAGCGAUAACGCCAGAGGAUAAUGCCCAGCCACCGGGAGGUGACAACCAGCUCAAGAAGGACCUCACCGAGGAUGUUGCCAAAUUACAGAAGCUGCUACAAACGACCGAAAUCUCCAUCGAGUAUUUACCGCGCGAGGGAUUCGACCAGAUGAUACGGGCCUUGGAAGAAAUAACGAGCGAUUUGAAGAAGCAUGCUGCCCAAGCUAUCAGUCUCGAAGGCCAAGUCCUCGAGUUAAAAUCCGAUCACGAAACGCAAGCACUUGCCUUGCACCUUGCAGGCAUCAGGACCAGGAUCGCAACUUUGUUGUCACAAGCGGAACACGGCAGGAUCGCCGUGACGAACGCGAGAGAAGUGCAUACGAAGAAGCAGGAAGAAUUGGCCGGUUAUCAAUUAUUACUGACUGAAAUUGAACAGUGGUUGAAGAACACGAAAACUGUGGUUGAAGCCGACACCGAGAGUCAGAUUGAGGCGUCAAUCGAGGAUUUGAAUCGCCUUGCGCGGGAAUUGGACGAAAAGGAGAAGAAAUUGGGCGAUUUGUCGCGUGUUUGUGAGGAGUUUUUGAAGUAUCCCGAUUUGAAACACUUGGCUGAGGCGCUAGUCGAGCACUUGAGGACGUUGACGCUGGUCUUCGCCGACCAAAGGAUUGUAAUCCGCACCAAAAUAGAAACAUUACGCACACACCUGGUCGAAUUGAAAGAAACGCCCGAUUUAUCGCUUGAGAACACGCUCGAUUCGACGUCUAUGCCAGUGGAGGAAAGUCCAGUGGCUGGGGUUCACAUCGAGACGCAAACGGGGCGAAGCCUCGCCUCCCCGCAACAGCGCGACUUCACGGUUACGUACAACGAACCAGUGGACGUGCAAAUCCAGACACAGUUAUCCGAAAGUGAACCGAACCCGGUCAAGGAGACUAUAACCAUAUCUAAAACUUUCGCCGAUGGUCAGGAAACUAUACAGAUAGCGACCAAACCAAUGGCGGAGUCUCAACCCAUAGUGGAGGAACCGGAUGAUCUCCUGGUUGAGGCCAACUACCGGAAACAGACCCAAAAUGAGGGGAAAACAACCGAGUUGAGUAUCACCAACGCCAAGCCGAGCCAACCGUUCGAAACCGUUUUCGUCGAACCGGACGAAACCACAACCGAAGUCAUUGUUGAUGCGGACGGCACCAAACGAAUCAUUGUGAAGAAAUUACACAGAACGGUUGUGAGACACCAACAAACCGUCCAACAGCAACAGUUGACUAGCACUAGUACGCUCACCGAGAACAACCAACCGGUUGGUCAGUCGUUCUCGCAAGUCACUUUGAAAGAACAGCAAAGCAGUACGACUUUGGCCCGUGGCGAUGGCAGUCGGCAAACCGUCACCAGUAAACAAUACGGCGGGAAGAUUAUUUCGGGAGUACCCGGUGGUGAUGUUGACGUGCAAGAGUUUGAAACCGAACCGGAGACACAGUACCACGUUGUCGAAGCCGAUAAACCGUCGGAGGUUGAAAUCGAAGGAAUCAAACUCCACGAAGGAGACGUAACUUUCGUCGAUCAGGAAAAUAAGUUGGUACCACCGUUCGGCGAAAUACACACGUCGAGUUCGAGUGUGCGCGCGGUCGUCCAACAGGUCACGCGACGAGUGAUUCGGAAAACUCGCCGCAUAAUUCGCCGGAUUGUCAUCGUUGAUGGUAAAGAGCAAGUGAUUGAGGAGGUGGUUGAAGAGCCAGAGGAAGUGGAAGUGACUGAAGAAGGCAUUCCGCGGGUUAGUAUCAACGUGACUCGAACGGAGGAUGGCAAAGUCGUGCGUGAAGAACAGUUCGGUGAACCAAUUGUUGUUGUUGAAGAGCCGGGCAGUGAAGUCACUCAGACUGUCACUGUGGCUGAGUUUGAAGGCAAGCCGGAAGCUCUGACUGAUGUGACACAAGAAGCCGAGAGGUAUGUCGUAGAACAAAGUGCACGCCUGACGCCUGAGACAAGUGCUAGUAAAGAUUUCCUAGAGAACGAAAGACUUGCACUUAGUAGUAAUGUUGAAGCAGCACCUAGAGUUGACGAUGCACCUGGAGACAAGUCUAGUCCGAUUGAUGCCGUUGUUGUUGAAACAGUAACCCAGAAGAUGGCAGAAGAAGUGCCGACGCCUGAAGCGUCUGACAUUCUUCCACCACAAACUGCGAUCGUUGACGUUCUUAAGGAAACCGUCCUUGAAAAACCUUUGACUAAACCAGACGAAGCGCCACCAGAAGUCACCCAGACUCUUGUCCAAACCGUUUCAACUCCUGUAGUUAGUGUUAAGGAAGUUGGUAAAGUGUCACAACAACCCGAACUUGGCGAAACUUCGACUAGAAUCGAAGUAGUCGAGAAAACCAUCACACAACCUGAAACGACCGAUGAACAAACGGUUAAAGAAGAAAUUGAUUUGAGUCCGAAACCGGUCCAAGUUAACGGAGACGUCAAACAGAAAGAUAUUAUCGUUACUACUCAAGAUUUCAUCGUGGCGGAACAAUUAUACGAACCCGAAAUUAUAGAAGACUCAUCUGAUUCGUCCAAAUCCAAAAAGAAGAAGAAGAAAUUCCCGAAAUCGAAGAAAGUUGUGGGCACACCACGUGUUCAAAGUCCCCUAGUCCCGACUGACGAACCCGACAGUAAAGAGCCCCAAAAUGUCGAAAUUGCGUUGUCAUUAAAGGAAGAAACACCGGUUGUGUCUCAAGAAAUGUCGGUUCAGCCAAUUGAGAAAGCUCAAGAGGUUGAAAUUGCCGUUUCCUUGCAAGAAAAACACGCUGAUACGUCCAUUGUGUCUCCUCAAGUGUCUAUGGUUAUGACGGUUGAAGAAGGUAAAAUUAAGGCAAGUCCUGGUGAAAUUAUACAGAAGGAUAUUCACGUGAUGCUUCCUGCGGUGUCUCACACGACCACAGCUGCGAUAAAAUCGGUGGCUUUGUCUCCAAUGGCACCUCAAAAUGAAACUGUCGAACCUGCGAUUACACCCAAGCAUGAGAGUGACCAUGUCGAGUCACCGACGCCUAGCGAUAUAGACCACGGAGGAAGGCGAAGUAAAAAGAAAAAGAAACAUAAAGAUGAGACUCCGAGUGAAGAAACUGAAGAAAAAGAAAUUUCGAUUGCAACUUCCGUUGCUGAAUCGACUGAGAUCAUCGUACCUGAUGAUUCUCUACCGUCUGAAGAAACACCGAAACCGACCGAGGAGGUGUUCGAAGCUGUAAUUACCGAAUCUGAUGAAGGAGACGGUAAAGAUACGGGAUAUGAAGCUGAUAAGACAACCGUUGAUGAGAGUUUGGCCGAUGAUGAUAAUCACGAAUUGAAGAAGAAAAAGAAGAAAAAGAGGAAGCAAAAAAUCAAAGUUAAAGAAUCGGAAGAAUCGACGAUACCGAAGUCCGUUGAUGAGUCGUCACCCUUUGGUGAGUCUGUACAAUUCACCGACGAUGAGCCGGCUAAGACCGAAGUCAGAACCGAAGAACCGAAAAAAUCCAAGAAAAAGAAGAAAGGAAAACGUGGUGAAACCAAAGUUUCAGAAAGUGAACCUGAAAUCGAGUCCGAAGCUAUACUUUCCGAAGAACCAAAGAUUUGCGAAGCACAAAACGAAGAAAUCGCUUCACCUAACGACUCCUACCAUACUCUAUCAACCCAAUCCGACGCAGGCACCGUUAAAAUAAUCGAAGAGAUUGUCCUGAGACCAGCAAGUGAGUCCCCACAGGAAAUAACCGAAAAGAUUGUCACAACAGUCCCAGUUUUGGAAGCUGUUUUCACCCAAGAAUCCCUAGCCCAGACAUCACCCGAACUGGAUACCACCAAACAAGCCGUUCAGGAAUUUAUCGCACGAGAACAAAUUUCGGUCCAGACAUCACCCGAAAUACCUAAAGAAACGGGCGUUAUGUCAAUACAAACAUCCCCAGAACCGAUACGUGAAGUUGUGAAACCCGAAAUCCAAGAAACUUCCAGUCAGGUCGAAGUUAUAACGUCUGAAACUGUCACCCAGACCGAAACUCCCGAAAAAGUCGAAGUUGUAACUUCCGAAACUUCGAUACAGACCGCCACGCCUGAAAAAAUCGAAGAAGAGGCUCAAACCACGUCACUCGAACCGGUUGAAAUCCCUCGAAGCGAGUCUGCGAUGCAAACACAUGUUGUUGAUAGUCAUGAAGAGUCGGCACAAACACCUGUAGUCGACGUUAUCGAGAGUGGCGUUCAAGCACAAGCCACACCUGCAGAUCACUCGAUUCAGACAUCGCCAGAGCCGUCAGCACCACCAUUUGAGGAAGUUUUCGCGCAAGAUUUGGCCAAGGAAACAUCCGAGAUUGUUACACAGACUAGUCCGGUUGUGAUACAAGAUAUAAAUGAAUUGACUCCGCCUAGUAGCUUGUCGGAGCAAUACGAAGUCCAUGUCGAAGCUUCGGUGACGAUGCCGUCCGAAAGCACCGAAAGUGUUAGCGAAAAACCGGAAGCGAGCGAAGGGUCAAGUGAAUCGGCUUCCGAUGUGGACGUGGAAGUUUUCGUCGAUGGAGAACCCGUUCGUAAACCUCGCCGAAAGCGACGUCAUAAGAAAAAAGCCAAAGACGCAACUCCAGGAAUCGAGAAAGAUCUUUUCGAUUCGUUCAAACGUCAAGAAGGUGAGGGGACGUUAGAUCCGAAAGAGUUAUACUCGGAAGUUGCCAAAAAACACUCAAGAUCCAGCUCACCUGUGCCACCGGACGAAGAAACUGACACAGCUGUGUUUGUCGGGAAAGUAAUAACUGACUUAGAUGAAGAUAAAGUGAAGAAAUUGAAAGGGAAGCCGAAAAAGGGUGAUGAAAAGACGUUCCAGAUCUCGCUUGAAGUCAGUCCUGACGAUUUCGAAGUCGUGUCUGAAGAUGUGGUGACGAAACGUCCCGGUGAUGAAGAGUUUGAGGUUACGUCCACUGUGACGGUAACAAGUGUAGAUGAUUUCAUCGCCAAUGAAAAGGCCGCCGCUGAGGCAUACCAAAAAACGCCACCAAGCCCAGACAAGGGCAAAAAGAAGAAAAAGAAGAAAGGAAAGUUGGAAGAAGACCUUAAACCGGUUCAAGUUGAAGAGCCCCAAAAAGAAGAAAUCCAACCCACUGCAGUGACUCCUCCAACACCUCCAGUCGAAAAAUUAGUCGAACCUAUUGAAACUUCUCCAACACAAAGCCAAGAAGUUGAACCGAAACAAUUAUCCCCGGAAACAAAAGAGCGCAAGUCCAAGUCACCCUCCCCCAAGACCAAACGUAAACCCAAACACGUGUCUUCCGUUACAAUUGAAGAAGUCGAGUCUGCGAUUCCUCCACCAGAUCUCCCCAUCUCACCCCCGGCAGAUUAUCCCCUUUCUCCCGAUUACACUCCACCUAAACCUGUUUGGCAAAAACGCCAACAAGCUUCGACUUCACUUAGCGAAAGUGAACGACAACGUAGUCCUGUCACUGCGCAAGACCUCGACAUCAGGUGGUCUCACACCCAAGCAUUGGAACGUGUUAAGAAUUUACAAAACGCCCGAAAGACCACACAUUUAAGUGUCGUUCUGUAUUUGGCGACUCUUCAUGAAGUGGUAACGGAGGAAUCGAUCGAGCAAAGAAACUCAAACGUUCGGGAGAACUUGAAGGCACUCAAGGAAGCGGUUGAGAAGAGGGAUGUUGUAGAGAUCCAGCAAACCAUUAUUACGACCGUUGAAACCAUAACCACAUGGUUGGAAACCAUCGAAUACCGCAUUUAUGUUAACCGUCAACAGACCGCCGAUGGUCCUUCCAAGGAGCGAGUCCAGGAGUUCAACGAUUUGAAGGAGGAGAUUGUUAAUAUCGAAAGCAAAGUCGAGGAAUUACAAUCCGUGAUGCGUCAAGCUGACGAUAUUUACAACGAAGACGACCGAAACCGCAUGAAGAGUUACAUCGAUUCGCUCCAGCAGCAGGUCAAAGUGAUCGAAGAGGUAACCAGCGAAAACGAACAACUAGCAGCCGGUGAUUUGAAGCGAUGGGAGGAAUUUAUCAUUGGUGUUAAAGAACUGACUCAAUUGAUUAACACCGUACGCAAAGAAGUUGACAGUAUCAAAGAAUCAGAUGCUUCGCCUCAAACCAAACUCAACGAACUCGACAAGAUCGAACACGCCAACAGAGCCAACAUGUUGAAGGCUGUCCAGUUAAUCGCAACCGCUAAAGGUCUCAUGCGCGAUUUCCCAACUCGUGAAAUCCCCAAAGAAGUUUACAGUAAUCACGAAACUACGAAAAUGACUGAACAGCAAAUCGUAAUUGAGCGAGAGAAGGCGCUACAGUUCCUCUCGUUGGCCGAUGAAUACGAACAGACUUUGAAAGAGUUCGGGCAAAUUAUCGACGUGGCGGAAGCCCUAGUCGAGAGUCCGAUCAAUGUGAGCAAUCUGGAACAUCUGGAAGAUGCUAUGCAAAAUCACAGGAAGUUCUUUGUCAAUUUGAGCCACUGUCGGGCGAUUCUGGAAUCCCUGGAAGAGAAUCUCGAUUCUGAGACACGAAUGCACCAUUCGGAGCUGCACAGGAAUUUGUAUGACCGUGCUAAGGUGAUUCUGGACCAAGCGACGGGACGGUUCCAGCAAAUGUCACUCGCGGCGUCCCGUUGGACGGUCCUGGAACAAGGGAUGAGGGAGGAGAUGAGGUGGUUGCAAGUCGCCCAGCAAAGGGUUCCCGACUUGACCGAUGUCACGUCUUCGGACUAUGACCGUUAUAUCGACUUGUACCAGUCUUUGUCUCUGGAUAUAGCCCACCACCAGGCGAGGAUUGUUCACUUGAAUGGCGUCGCUCAGAAGUUACAAGAACUGGUAGUUUGUUCGGGUCUCGAAGAGGCUUAUAUCGAGUCCUUGGAAAUUAUUUUGAAGUUACAAGAUGAUGUCCAAGGGAAUUUGAAACGGUUACUUGCGUUCCGCGACUUGUGGACUAGUUACAACAUGUUGAGUGAUAAAGUUGAUUAUUGGCUGAGAGAUGCCGAACAGCAACUCCAGUUGUUGGAAGUACCGGCAGGUCCCCGAGGACACAUGAGACAAUUUUGGGAGUUGAAGGCCCAACACGAAGUCUAUAAUUGCACACGACAGGAAGCUACGAAUAACCUUGAGAGGGCGUUAGAAGUGGUCCCGAUUUCCGAUGAAAUGAUCCAGAGGAAGUUCCAUACAGAAAUGCAAGACCAGUGGAACGCAAUGUCCAAACGCAUAAAUGAGUUACAAGACCAGAUUAUUGGAACUAUUUCGGCACCAGAUGUUCCCAUCAACGAAAAAUUGCUACUCCUUGAGCAGGAAUUGGACGACUUAAAGACCGACGUUGACAAUCUCCGGGGCAUAAUCAAGACGGAAGAAGAACUCAACUUGUACAUCGAACGACUUCAAGUCAUGUCAACACGACUGGAAACAAUCCAGAAUGAGUUAGGCCGUCUCGGUCUACUCUCAGCGACUGAGUCGGACAAAGUGGGCUCACUUUUGGCCCUCUCCAAGCGUCUAGAACUGCUCAUCUCGGAAGAACUUGAAGGCGGGGUUUUGCUGAAAGAGCGCCUUCAGAACAUCCAAAAGGGCAUAGCACGCGUCCGCCGCAAACACCUCUGCCUCAACGAAACCCUGGACCAGUGCGAAAAGAGCGAGAAAUUGGGCAGCGAAGCGGUGGAGAAAGCUGUGAACGAGUGCUACGAAGUGGGUGAGGAGCUGGUUACGCUGUGGCAGGACUUGAUGGGUCUCCGCCAACUCCUCCACACCCUCCCGAUGCGUCUCCGCGUGACCGUUUCCCCUGUGAAGAUCGAAAGGGACAUCUCGCAGCUGCAGGACGACCACACUGUCCUUGAAAAACGCUGCGGGCAGCUUCUAGCCCUGUUACGAAACCGCCUGGCUCUGUGGCAGCGCUUCGAGCAUCAGCUGGAGCUGGUGCAGCAGAGCGUCCAAGAGGCCGAUUUCAUGAUGGAGUUGCUGACGGUGCAGGGAACCGUCGAUUACGAGAGGUUGAGGAAGGCGACGGAGCGGCUCGAGAGCGUCUCCGUGGACUUGGUGUCACGCGAGACCCUCGUGUCGGAGCUGAAAGCGGCCGCGAAGCCGCUCGCCGACAGCUGCACCCCCGAGGUCUCGGCGCGCGUGGAGGCCGCCGUCGAGGAGGCCGUCACCGCCUACUCCACCACCUGCACCAACCUGAAGGACCUCUGCACCAAGUACCAGCACGCGUCCGAGCUAUGGAAGCGGUACCGUGAGGCCAGCGACCUGGUGAGCGAAUGGGUGGACAACCACAUGGAGUCGGUCGGGGAUCUGGAACCAGAAGAGGCCAUCAAAGCGGUUAAGGUCUGUGAGGAAACUUUAUCAGCACAUACGGAACGUCUCGCCGAACUUAAACAACUCGUUUCGGGAAUUGCGGCCGCUGUUGGGCUUGAUGCUAGCGCUUUAUUAGGAGGCGAAGUUGAAGCUUUAGGUAAACGAUUGGAGGAUGUCAGGGAGUCGCUUACGGCGCUCGCGGACGUCGCUGAAGCUAGAGCUGUCACGAAAGAAGAAACCAAUAAUGAGAUUAAUGGCACUAGAACCUACCUAGACAGUGUACAAAGAUGCGUGGAUAGUAUUGAGCAAAGUCCCGAUACGGACAGUGAAGAGAAAUUGGUCACUUUGAGAGAACACUUACUAGCUUUGGGUAAAGCUGAAGGACAGAUUCAGAAAAUCAAAGAUAAGACGUUGGAAAUGACGGAAUCGACGAAAACUGAGACUUCGGUCAUUGAAAUUUUGGAGCUGUGGCAACAAGUGUUCAGAGAAACCUUCCAACAGUACCACAGGUUAAGUACCAGACUGAUCAAAAAUGAAGACGGAGCUGCGGCUCUUAAACUAUGGCAAGAGUAUCUCUUAAACGUUCAGCAGUUCCUCCAAGGGAGCAUUCCCGGUGAUUACCACAGUCUUUCCGAGCACCAACACCUAUGCCAAGUCCACCAGAAUCUCCUAACAACUCAACAGAACGUCCUCAAGCCUUUGGAUAAGGAAUCACAGCUUGGUAGUGGCUUGGUUGAGAGUAGUGUCAUGGAACAGUUCAAUUCCUUAACAAAUUUGCACAACGAAACGCUUUCACGAAUCAUGGACCGGCACAAAGAGGUCCAAACAAGACUAAACGCCUGGGACGACUACAAACAAGACCAAAACAAACUCCUGUCCUGGCUCAAAAGCAUAGAAAAAGACCGAGAGAAGAUGCAGCUUAAGUACAUACACAUCAGGAGAAUCCCCAAGUUGCUUGCAAAAAUCGAAACCCUCCUCAGUAAGAUACCAGAAGGUGAACAACAAGCCGACAAUUUGCAACGACAACAGAACCUCCUCUUGCAAUUCUGCGACGACGCUUUGGCCACUUCCAUCCGCAUGGAACACGCCGCCAUCAAACAAAGAAUCUCAAACUUGCAAGCCGGCCUCGAAACCUGGCACCAGUUCCUCGAACGCAUUGCCCUCCUCCUCAAAACCUACGAAGAGAACGUCCAGAAAGUGCAAACUUUAUACGACGAAAUUCAGGAUAUUGUAACCGAAUCAGCGUCACAACUCCCAAGCUCGCACUCAGGCGUCAGCUAUAAAUUAGAGACGCUUCAAAGAGCCCGCCUUAGACUAAACAACGCCACUAAAGACCUGGAACAGCUGGGCUUGACCCAAGAACAGCUCAAAGAGUGCCUCAGUCCCAGCGACAUCAAGACCAUCAACCAACGCAUGUGGAUCUUGUGGCACCAACAGGGCGACCUCGACCACCAACUGGCCGUCUUGUGCCACCAACUUGAAGAGAAACUCGGUCUGAGAUCGAUGUUCGAGACACGCCAAGCCCGCUUUGUGACCUGGGCCGACGAAAUCGAGCGCCGACUUGACGAAGGUUCAGUUGCUUCGAUCAAAGACCCCCAGGAGAUGCUCAGGAAGCUCGAAACCGAACUCCAGGCUGAAAUGUCGCUCAAAGAACGCGAAUACAAUUGGCUCGUGAGCACCGGGCGUGAUUUGGUGGCCAACUGUGGCGAGGAAUACAGUGAUGUGACCGCCAAACAGAUCAUCCAAGCCAAAACCGACAUUGUGCUCGAACGCUGGGAACGACUGGACAACAUCGGCAAAAGUCGAAGGAACAAAAUCCACGACAUGAUGCAAACAAUGUCACAACUCGAGCAGAGAAUCGCAGAGAUCAGGGCCUGGUUGACGCAGAUUGAGGCACAGUUGGCUAAACCUCUAGUGUUUGAAACGUCGAGCAAGGAUGUGAUCGAGCGCAAGUUGCAAGAACAUGACAAGUUGAAGAAAUCGAUCGAGAAUGAGAGUGGCAACAUUGGCGAAGUGUUGAAUUUGUGUGAGUUGUUACUGAGCGAUGCUGACGUCUGGAAGGCACAUUUCUCCACUGAAAAUAUCACAGCGGCGAUCCAGAAUCUGGAAAAGAGGUGGAAAGCGGUGUGUGGACAAUCGGCCGAAAGGAAACGCAAAAUUAACUUCAUCUGGAAGUUGCUCCAGGAGGUGUUGAGGAUUAGUAACGAACAGGAGACCUGGUUGGGUGAGAAAGAACAAAAGAUCAAGGACUUGGAUAAGCCGGUCAAAAAACUAAACCGGGAGGAAAUCCAAGAGUUGAUUUAUUUGGUCGAAAACCAAGUCAAAGAAAUCGAGUCCAAAGUCCCCACGUUUGAAAUCCUCGAACAGACCUAUUCGAAGUUGGCUACGGUUGGCGGUUUAGAACCGGAGAACAUUCAAGAACUGACGGCCAAGGCACGUGUUGUUAUAACACGUUGGAAGAAUCUUUUGCCACGUGCGCAAAGCUUGUUACAGAGAUUACAGAACGAGAUUGUGCUCUUUAAAGACUUUGCUUUGGCGCAUCAAGAUGCUGUUAUCGGUUUGACGGAAGUUGAUGCCCGUCUGACCGAGUUGGAACACUUGACUGGGCAAAAAGUACCACCGAAUGAGCGUUUAGGGACGUUGGAAGGUUUGGAGAAACAAAUGGUUGCCCAAAAUUCGGUCCUAGAAUCGGCUGAUAAGCUCGGUCUUGAAAUAAUGAAGAAAGUCAAGAAGGGGGAGGUUGGCAAGUACCAAGAGAUGAUUGACGAGUACCAAAACCUCUGGAAGGACAUUCAGAGACGGAUUGGUGGUCUCAGAACUGACCUGAAGGCGGAAGUGAAGAAACAAAGGAACGAAAUCGAUGAAGGCGUCCAAGUCGAGACACUGAAGUUUGAACAAGAUACCGCUGUCCAGGUCAACACACUUCCGCCCUUGCAACGCAUGACUUCAAUCAGUGCGAAAGACGCCUACUUGAUGGAACUGACAAGUGCCAUUGGCGAAUGCAGGGGUAACAUCGACAGUCUUGAAGAGGUGCUUGCUAAGGAGAUCCCGCAACAAGGCUCCGCCGAAUUGCCAACAAGUGCAAAACGCAUUGCCCGCAUUUCGGCGACUUGUCAGUCGAACAUCGAACUGGUUAAACACCUCCACGACCUACUCAUCAAUGAGUGUGACGCCACCGAGGAGGAAGCACUAGCCGAAGAAGUACUUUACCUCAUCCAACGUUUCGAAACACUUCUAGUAACAGCCAAGGACAAAGAACAGAAAAUCAAAGAACUGAGGUCUACAAUUUCUGACGCUUAUAAUCUAUCAUGCAACCAUGAAGCGGGUCGUUUGUUGUGUCCGUUGUGUACGAAACGGAACUGGGCACAGUUGGAUAACGAUUUGUGGCGGCUCGAAAAGUGGCUGCAGGUGGCCGAAGGCACGCAGAAGACCCAACAUUCCCCACCGUCUAAUAUCGAGCAAUUGGAGGAUGUGAUUCAGGACCAUCGCGAGUUUCUCUUGGACUUGGACAGUCAUAAGAGUAUUGUGAGGUCGUUGAAUAUUGUUGGGACGCACCUUGCGGACCAUACGGAAGAUACAGAACGGGCCGACCAAUUGCGAUCGAGGCUCAAUACUGACAACAAGAGGUGGGAGGUGGUUUGUCAGAACGCCGCCGGUUGGGAAACACUACUCCAAAGGGCCUUGAUGGAGAACCAGCAGUUCCACACGAUUAUCACCGAGUUGUGCGCGUGGUUGGAGAAGACGGAACAGCGGAUCCGCCUGUCCGAGCCCGUGGACUUGACCGCAGCCCGCGACGAGAUCGAGCGCAAAUACCAGACGUUCAGAGAAUUGCGCGCCGAGCUGGAGCGCUGCGAGCCGCGCGUUAUGAGUCUGCAAGAGGCCGCCAACCAGCUGCUGAGACACGAGGGGGCCCCCGAAGGCUCCAGUCUGACCUGCACGCGGCUGACGGAGCUGCGGCUGAAGCUGCAGAGUUUGAUUAGAUUGACGGGAGUUUAUAUUUUGAAGUUGGGGGCUGUUUUGGGCCGAGAUCCGAACGAAAUAUCAGUUGUCGCUUCGUCUAGCGUAAGCGCACCGCUACACACACUCAACUAUGACCUUCUGGACCAUCCGAGCCAGGACCAUCCAUCUACCUCUGCACUCGACGAUUCUGCUCACAAUGGUGGUUCUUCGGAUGAGUUGCAGAUUAACACUUCGGUGCUCCGAAGAGGUUGUCGUUUCUUAGGUAGAGUGGUGCGAGCUUCUUUACCGAUCCAAGCCUUAAUGCUGCUCAUGUUGGGAGCGGCGUCUCUAGUCCCUUAUUCGGAAGACGAUUAUUCAUGUUCGCUAGUCAACAGUAUUGCCAACAGUCUUACUCCUACGUUGCGGUACAAUGACGGACCGCCGCCUGUGUAAAUUUCAGAAUACUCCUGUUGUUUUGUUAACUCGUAGUCUCGUUAAAUUCAUUCCAAUUAGUAAUUUUAGUUUUGUACGAUUUGUUUUGUAAAUACAUGCGACUUAAGUAUACUUCAUACUGGCAGCCUGAAAUUUCGACGGGCCAUCCAAUGGCCAAAGCUCUUAUGGAAAACCAUAUAAAUGUAGUGUAGUUUUUAUAUUCAUUACGCAAGAGAAAGAAUCACUUUAUCUGUAUAUUGGGGACGACGCACAAGCGUUGAUAUAUAUAUUUUAUAUCGUUGUUUUAUAAAUUUUAUGUGAUGGUUGUGUAAGAAAUUAAACAUUGGGAACCAAAGGAGUGGAACACUUUGGUUCUCAACACGUUUUAAUUUUUUUCUGUGAUGUUAUCUCGAUUCGCCAAACUGUGAACGAAACGCAAACCCUACUCUCCAAGUUUGCGUUUUUCGGCAAUUUAACUCUCCAAAAUUGCCCGUAAAACAAAUUUCUCCCGAUUUGUUUUACACUCGGCGCAAUCGAGAUAAGCAAUUUCAUAAUGCCUUAAAGUUUUUUUAUUAUUAUUAUUUUUAAUGUUGCUUUCAUGCGUUAUUUUGUUCUGUCGGUCAUGGUGCUAUCAACUUUAUUUUAACAUGUAGUCAAUGAAUCAAAAAUUCCAUUGCUUUAACUAUUGCUUCAGAUGUUAAAUGUGUUUAGAGAACGUCUAAACAAAAAUAGGAUUGUUUCUCGCUAUUAUUUAAUAUUAAUUAGUAUUUUAUUUGGCAACUUACUAUAUUACAAAUAAACGCUGUUUUCAUUUAUAAAAAUAUAUCAUUUGAAAAA